ACGUUUUGCUCGUCUCUCAGUGCACUAUCACAUUUUGUUUUUGUUCCGGGAUUUCCUGGCUGACUGUCUUACUCUUGGCAUAUGGCUGCUUUGGAUAAAACGCUCCUCUCCCCAAGCAUGACACACUUACUGGGCUGCAGAGCCGAGCCACGGGACGAGCCACGGGACACAGAGAGGCAGCCGUGAGGACGCAGACACACGAGGAAGAGGAGGAGAGAAGGAGGAGGAGAGGAGGACGCGACGGAGAAGAGCAGAUGAUAGCUAUCGAUGAUGAUCAUUAUGCUUUAGACAGAAGGAUGUUCCUGCAGAAAGGAGAAGAAUAUAGCUUUGCGAGUUGGACGAUUGUGACAGUGAUGAAGAUGGCGAUGAUGAUGAUGAUGAUACUGCUGUGAGGACGGGACCUCUUGAAGGAUGAUGUUCGGACGUUCGCAGCGCGUGUCUGCUCAGUGUUGAUUGUCGUGCGGGGAAAUCUCGGGUAUCACCGAGAGUUUAACGAAGCGCUAUUCUGAGGAGGUGGGCCAAGUCCCGAGAGAGAGAGAGAGAGAGAGAGAGAGAGAGAGAGAGAGAGAGAGAGAGAGAGAGAGAGACUGGAUAAUCACACUGGGAUGUUGCUGCUGCUGCUGCUGCUGCUGCUUCUCUCAGAGGAGUGAGGCGACAUAGUAGAGCAGAUGAAAAGACCCCUGCGUGCUCGUGGACAUAUAAUCCUACAUUAUUUUUGCAGGUAAGCAGCCUAUCUCUCUCGCUCUUUGUCUGUGUCGCUUUCUCGCCCUCUCUACCUCAUAUACCUGUAAACUCUCUCCCUUUCUCCCGUGAUCUAAACUACUAGUUACCCUGCACGUUACAAAACAAGAACAGAUUCGCACAAAGGAUAAGGAUGUACUUCAGACUAUGUGAUAGGUACUCUUAUGCUGACUUGAUCUUGGUAGGGUUUUUACCUCCUAGUGUUAAAAUAACAUUAUGUAAUGAUCCAAUAGGUGCACUGAAAAAGAGAUUACUACAACACUGUAGUGUGCAGUAGAAAUAAAGUCAGUGGUGGCUUUCAACUACACAUUUCUGAAUGACUUCAGCACAUUUUUAUGGUAUUUGUGGAUGGAUGCAAGUUGUACUAUUUUUUACUUGUAAUAUAUCAUAGAACUUUCAUUAUCUGGACUCCUGACUAAAGCCACCUUGUCUCAUAAUAGAACAUGUAUAUGCUGCUAAACUGUAAAUAAAAGAGUUCAAGUGUCUUCCUCCACAACCUUCAAAAACAUGAAAAUGCCGCUUACAUAAACAUGUAUCAGUCUCUUCUCUUACUUUAAGAUGCACCAUAUUCACCAGUUAAACUGUUGUUGUUAAUACUUGUAAUCAAGAAAAAGGCUUUACUCCUUGUACCCUUGGAGCUCCUCAGUAAAAAGAAGUAGAAAAGUGUUCGCAGUUGGAGAAGCAGUGAAUGAGAGGUCAAAGGAGACAGGAAUGAGUAGAAAAGACGCUACUAUCGCUAAGGAUUCAACCAAACUUAUCAUCUACCUGUAAUUGUUAAUGGGCUGAAAAGUGAAGACCAAACUUAAUAUGAUUUCAUUAACACCAUGAACACUUUAUGGUUCACACAUUCUUUAUGAAUAGAAGAUCCCAAAACAUCUGAACCCCCCAGAAUGAAACAGUGAGGGGCAAAAAUAAAAGCGUGAUAAUUCAUCUUAACUAUAGACCACAACAAACACACAGUUCGUCCCUAUAGAAAUACAUUGUAGGCGUGUUGUAGUGAUUUUUGGAUCUGUUCAACCCCCCUUUCUCUCUUUCUCGCUCAGCUUUCCUUUCCUCCCAGGCUUUUCCUCCCACACACUCGAACGCUGUUGUUUCAGCAGUGAAGUACAGAAGCUUUACAACCCUACAGUAACACUAACAGUUACAGUGGAAGAGAGGAAAACUGGCCAAAUGUUUUCAUCAGCUAUCUCCCAGAUCACCAUGCAGGCUGAGUUAUAUAAAAGUUAUUUCAGUGUUGAAAAGGUGGAAAUCCAAACAGGUGCUGAUGACGUAACAGAGACCAAGGGGUCAGGUUAAAAACAGAAACACAAACAGAAAAAUAGAACAAAAAAAAGGAAUAAAAGAAAAAAAAAAGACACAUUAAAUGACUACGUUUUUGUGGUCAUGUGUGUGAAAAGCUCCUUUUUCCAGCUUUAAUAUGUGUGACUUUUUUUGUGACAGAGGUUGACAGCUUGAUGUAAAGAGCUUCACAGUAGCAGAGCAGCGUGCAGCCUUGAUGCUCAGUUCCCCAGAGGAUAUCAAAGCCCGUCCUCGUGUUAUCUAAGUGGCUUUUUCUCUUCACUCAGCUGUGAAGGUCAGCUCUACAAAAAGCCCUUUGACUUUGGUCUGACACUUACAUGCUCUUUAAACUGGACCAAAUUCAUUGAACCAAGACCAGAAAAUGACCUUCAGUUGUAGUUCUUAAGCAAGGGUAAAAUAAAAUGAUAAAACAACCUGUAGCUCUUAACACAAUAAUAGUCUACGUGCAAAUGAUUUAGAAAAAAAGGAAGAGUGCUAAAGAUCAUAAAGAUUGCACGAUUCUGGUUUAAGAAAUUCAAGAAAUGAGAAAAAAAAAGGUGUUGCUCCAGCCGUGGUUUCACAAACAAUCUGGUGGUCCUUGCUGUUUAUGCUAAAUUAUGCUUAGAAGCAGGUUCUUUUUUAUAGGAGAUUUUGUAAACACUGACAAUGAUUUAUCCAAGGCUUUGGUCCCACAAGAUAACUAUCUGAUUGACUGACUGGGAACCAACAUAUGGUUGUUUUUAAUAGCAUUCCAGAAAAAGAGAUAUAUUUUUGAUAAUGUAAAUGACUUAAAAAUAAAGAAUUGAAUACAGAUUUAAACAACAUUAAAAUGGAAAUAUUGCUACUUUAAGAGGACAGGUAAGAUUCAUGAAACAGCAUGGGAAAGAGGUGCCAAAUAGUUAAGUGUUUCAUCUGAUGGACUAUUUUGUUCUCUUAUCCUUUUUUGGCCCUGACAUCUCGAGUCAAAGUCUUUAACAAUGAUAAUAAUCUUUUCUGAGAAGAUCCUAAAAGAGGAACAUGAAAUAUUUCUUUAUAUAACAUGAUUAUAUUGAAGUCAAUUGAGAUUGCGUGAAGACUUUAUAACAAGGGAUGAUCCCUCUGUUCUGUGAGGACUGACCCUCCAACCCUCUCACUGUGGGGUCGCCUCUGUGACCCGGCUGUCUCAGGAAAUGAUCCCAAAGGCUUUCGGUGAUGGCACGGACGCUCGUACCACGGGUCCUGCCUGCUCGGCUACAAACACGAGUCAGUGUGUGAUUGUUGCUGUUGCCAGGACUGACAGGUUGAAUGGAUGACAGGGCUGUGUGGGCCAAAUAGACUGUCAGAGAGAGCUGGGAGGAGAUGGAUGAGAGGAGGGAGUGAGGGACAAAGAGAGAAUCAGAGGGAGGGAACACCAGAAAGUAAGAUGGAGAAAUGAUAGAGUGCUGUUGUAGCUACAGGCAAUACCUGAAUCUUUAGUUUUGCUUUCUCUGAACGCUCCUAUCCCUCACUUGUGCCUGCUUUUGUCUUCAUAUCAGUGCCUGCUUUAUCUACUUUGUAGCGUAACACAAGCUCUGCGAGUGAGAGGUUUACUCCCUAAAACCUCAUAACUUCUGUCGCAUACUUUUUUAAGGGGCAGCAUAGCAAGAAAUUCAUACAAUCAUUUCAUUCCUGAAAACAGAUAUCUUCAUAUUUUAUCAAAACUAACAAAACACCAAAACCAAAACAACAUGGCAGAUUCAGGUGGUCAUUAAAAAGCCAUUACAGGUUGUCAUGAAUAAGACAAAGUUUAGGUUAGUUUUGGGAAUUGAUAAGAUUUAUCGAUAUCGAUGCCAUUAUCAAUUCUGGUUAUUGAUUUAAUUCUUUAACGAUUCCCUUAUUAAAGCCUUUCUUUGAUUAAAAAAAAAAAAGUAGACCAUAGGUUUUCACCGUUAGCUCAAAAUUUUAUUGAGUCUCUGAUAACAGAAAAAGAUGUACGCCAAAAAUAAUCAAAUGACAAACUAUUUGUACAGCAUUUACUUCGGUUAGUAUUGAAUCAAAUUAGGGUGACCAUAUUCUGGAGUCCCAAAAAGAGGACACUGCUAUGUGGGGCAGAGUCUCGAGCAAAAUUUUGAGAGUUUUUCAGGUCUGGUCGAGUGUUUUUCUAAUGCAGCUUGUCCACACUACACAAACUCAAAACUACCAUACAAAAUCCCGGACAUUUUAAGGAUUUUAUAAACUCUCCUGGACAAGGCAGGACAGCCCUCACAAAAAGAGGACAUGUCUGGGUAAAAGAGGACAUUGUUAAGUCUGGCAUGCCUUGUGCUUAUAUUAACACAGGACAUACAUACCUUUCAUGCCGUGCUGAGCUGGCGAAGCACUGGCUGACGACCCGUGGAGAGUGUCAAAUACAUGUGACUCCAUAUAUUUGAUGUCGUGUCCUGUUUAAUGUUUGAGCAUGUUGCUGGUGUUUCCACCUUUGCAUGUUAUCACUGCUUGAUAAACAUUAAACAUCGCGCCGUUGUCGUCUUCCUUAGUAAAAUGAAGCCACGCUUUAGAUCGUUUCUGCCUACCAUCGUACCAUCUGCCAUGUUUAUUUCCUUUAAGUCGCUGUUCUCGUUCUCGUAGACUGGCUCUCAUAAGACCGUUUUCUAGGCACAUGGAAGAAAGGAAUCCUUAAGAUAAAAUGAAAAUGAUGUUGAUGGAUCAAACCAUUUGGAACCGGUUCUCAAUAAGAGAAAAUUGAAGAAAAUGAAAUUAAGUUAAAGAAAUGCAAAAGGAUAGAAUAAAAACAGGAUUAAAAGAAAUCAACAUGAGCUGCUGGUUCACAACUCGGUGCCAGUUCUGUCCUUUAUUUUCUCAUCUUCGUCUUAUCUGUAGUUGCAUGGGAAAUUUACAGUGUAUGCUCUCUCAUCCGGUCCAGUUUGAAUUUCAGAAGCCUUUCAUCUUUUAACAAUCUCUCUCAGAGGACAGUUCAACGUGAUUUUCAGAAAUUGGCAGAAGCCUGCUGUUGGCAAUAACGAGCAACGCCAGUCUGUAGAGAAAUGACAUCAUUCCCAUUUUGAGGCUGAGUUGCAAUCCUUCUGAACACCCUUUCUCUUUUUCUGCACAGCGUCUAAUGGAAUGAUGCGCAUACGUUUUCUCAUGUUAGUACUGCAGGUCAGAGCGCUAGUUGUCUGGAAAUGUGACUUUGAUGCUUUUGGGAGGUUCACUGUGUUUUGGGUUGUUUGUUCCAGCCUUUUUGUCCUGUCCUCAUGAGUUUUGCAUUUUCACACCUCUCCAUCAUUACUUGUUUAAUCAUUUACAAUUCUUUAAAAAGACAUACCAUUUUCUUCAUUAACCUUGUGUUGUUAAUGCUCAGACACACCUUUUCAGAAACAAGGAUUAUGGGACAUAAGACACUCGUGCCGUUAAAAAAAACUACAGCCUCCUAAACUGUAAAAUGAGAAAGUUUCAACUAUUUUCCUUUUCAAUACAUUUAUCUUUUCUUAAAAAACAAAGUUAGGAUAUUACUACAGAAUACGGACCCUAAAAGGCAUGAAACGCAGGGCAUUAAAGGACUGAAUUUGAAUAUUUUAUUGGUUUAAUUAACUGCAGAUAAAGUCAGGGUUUCUUCUCCUGCUUUUCCUCUGUAGCCUCAGUUUUUCUUGCAAUCUGUAGUUGGGUUUGAGUUGACACAAAUGCUGUGACUUUUGUUUUCUUUUCUCUCUCUCUUUCUGUCACACACACUAUAGCACAAGACUUGGGUGAGAAAAGCCUUAUGUGUGUGUGUGUGUGUGUGUGUGUGUGUGUGUGUGUGUGUGUGUGUGUGUGUGUGUGUGUGUGUGUGUGUGUGUGUUUGAGGAGAGAGAUAGCUGAGUCGAGCUGCCAGAGUGCGUUGACUGUAAUAUCUGUCUGUGUGAAUAGGGACAGUUAUGUAACUACAAGGCAGAAUGCAUCCUAGGUUCAUGUGAGUCACAUGCCCAGUGUCACACACAUGGUCGUGUACACACCUCAUAUACAAACACAAAGUGAUGGAACAAUGUUAAAACUGGAUUCCUUCAUUCUUUGCAACAAGAGGAAGUGCCAAAAGAUAUCUCAUCAUGAAGUCACAGUGGUAAAAUAAAUUGUUUGACUUGGGUAAAUUCUAUUGAUAUGAAAAAAUAAAUAAAUAUUAAUAAAAAGGUAUCGAAAUAUGAAAAAAAAAAUGUAACUGACCAGUUAUUCUGGUGCUGACUGGCUCGCUGAUACAGUUUUAUAGCACAGUCGCUAAUAGUUGGGGUGACUAUAGCUCAGCGGUAGAGUCGGUGGUCUUUCUUUUCUUUUUUUUUUUAUUAAUGUUUAUUUCCUUGUUGCAGUUACAUGGAUAAGAGGAACUACAUAUGUGCAUAUAUCAGUAUCUGUCCAGUCUUUUUUUUUAUCCUUUACAAACAGCAACAACAACAACAAAGAAAUGCAGUCCAGCAACAAUGUACAAAGCAAGCCAGACCUGCAACACAAAACAUAGAUUUAUAAAACCAAACCAAACAAAACACCCUACGAAGUCUACACAACUAUCCCAAUCCUGUACCUGCAUAUAAUAAAAUAAAGGUAGAUGGUGACAUCCUUCCAUAUCCAGCAAUUGAGCUAGGAAUUGGCCCCACACCUCAUUAAAUAAGUCUUACCUACCGGCUACUCAAUAGGUGACCCGCUCGUAGCUGGCCAUUGAGCUCAAACCUGUAUCCACUACUUAAAAGUGGACCGAGUGGGAGUGGUUAUCUGGAAGUAAUCCCAACAGACAUAAAGCAAGGUUUUUGACCAAGUGUGUGCCCAGACUAGAAAAGCUUUAUGUCAGUAAAAGUCCAUUGAAGCCCCGUUAGCUAAAGCCAAUACCAAACUAAGUCUUGUUUUAACCAAACAAUGAGCUGAACUUUUACUUUUAUGAAAACUGAGGAUGAAGUAUAAGAAAAAGCAACAUUUUCUGUCUGGACCAUCCAUUUUUCUGUCCUCUCAUCAUGAAAGAAGACUUAAAGGCACUGCACAUCAUGUCCAGGGCGAAACUCUAGAACGAAACUCUAGUAUGAAAUGCAGUGGUACUGUGACUCGCUGUGAGCUCACGAAAGUUUUCGAUUUUGUUGCCCUGUCAUCCUCCUAAGCUCCUCAGUUCACAUUUAAGCAAGUGCGUCAUAUGGUCGCUCCAGUGACAGAACACACAGCAAACAUAAUUUGAUAAUCCUUCACAAAUAAACAGCACAAACUAUAUUAACCGUUAUUUCACUAUGAUCUUCUCUGUCUGUACAGAGGUAGAACAACCAGAUUAAGUGUAACUGCAGGUUUGAUAAUUGACUGAAUAAUGCACCCUCUCUAUUUUAAAGGUACAUUUCACUUCAACAAAAGACAUAAAUUCUUUUCAAUCUUGUGGUGUACCCCAUUUACUAUUCUGUUUUCAAUUACAGUUUUCAUAAUCCAAGUUGUUUUUAACGAUGACAUGUUAGUAGUCUUUUUGUCUGUUUGGUUGUGUGUAUGGAAGUUGGGGGUGGGGGGGUUGGGGGGUCAGGUAUUGAUUGGAGCAUCUGACCCCUGUGGUCAUGUUCCGGAAAGAAGCAACAAACAUGUACGCACACAUUUUCGAGCACAGGGUAGCGUGGGUGGCCACUUGACUUCCUCACUCAUACACAAUCACACACAGAAUUACACACAACACACUCACACACUUACACACAUCCUUUGCCUAGGGCUUUAUAAACAGCCGGUCUUGGAGGUUGUGACUUGCACAUCAGUCCCCCUCCCCUCUGUGUCUCCCUCUCUCUAUGAGCAAACAGAGUGCCUACCUGCUCCUGUUUGUUCUCUCUCUCUCUCUCUCUCUCUCUCUCUCUCUCUCUCUCUCUCUCUCUCUCCCUCUCUCUCUCUCUAGACCUGCUCCACACAUUGACCUCUCAGUAACAUGCUCUCUCUCUCUUUCUCUCUCUUCCUGUCCUUUCGUAUUACAUCCAGCAGCUCUGUGAGGUGUAGACCAGUUGAAGUUGGCUUCCUGCCUGUUGAGAUGUGCCAAUAGGAAACACUGUGAACAGGGGUUCAUGCUGAUGAAAUUGAUCUGCUCAGGUAAGGAACAAGACUUCUUCUUUUCUUCCUCUUUUGAAUGCUUUAAUGAGUCUCAAGUAGGGUUGGGCGAUAAAUUAUCAUUUGCAAUAUAUCGUCAGAAAAAUCCUCCAUGAUAAAUAUUUGCCAUCUCAAGUUGAUGCAAGUUGAUGAUAUAAGCGCAAGCAUCGGACUCCCAGCCAUAGCCCACUCAGUGCAGAAUGGCAAACGCACAUGGCUGAAGGUAAUGAAGAAGACGUUUCUGAGCAGCUUGUUACUGAAUGAGGCUCCACAUGAAGGAUUUCCUUUAACCCUCAGAACUCCCAGCUAUAUUUAGCUAUUUUUGCUCCACCUGGCUUUUUUUUUUUUUUUUUGUAAAAAUCUAUGUAGCAACUCGAUCCUUUCGAGCACAGUAAACAUAUAUGCAUCUUUUUUUUUCAGGGCAACCUCAGCUGUCAGUUUAUGGAUCCAAAAAUUAUGUAAAAUGAAUGUAACAGUAGAUUCAGAACCUUCCAACCAAUAAAAAAAAAAAAGUCUUGGCUGUCAGGAGAAGAAAUAUUUGGAUUGGAACAAACACAACGGAAAUUAUUUACGUAUUUACACUAAUUCUUCCAGGCAUUUUUUACUAUUUACAGUUGUUUAUGCCACUCCUUGAAGCAGUUCCUGUCUGGGAUGAGACAGAGGGCCACAUCAUUGUGCUCAUAAUCUCUUCUCUGCUUGUUUCCAAGCAUUGAGGACCAUUAUUUCUGAUAUUGCUGACAAGCAGGGAACGUUCUUUUCUCUUGUUGAUCUUUGGUUGCCUCUUAUUGGACAUUACCGUCAAGGGGACAAUAGAAGAAGAAUAUGAGACCAUGUAAUUGAUUGAAAGUUUGAUAGAAAAAGACGUCAUUAAAACAGAUCGUCAAACCUGAACAACAUUUAGCAUUUAGCGAUAGGGAUCUUUUUUUUAUCACAACAAUAUGAUAAAUAAUCAUGUUUUCACCGGUAUAUCACUGCAGAUUUACCAUCAAACGUCUCUGAUCAAACACCUAUUUUUGUGGCUGGAUUGUAAACCUUGUGGCAGGUGUAGAAAUGUCUGGUAAUGCUCGAUAAAUCGCCAAAAGGGUAAGCCUUUGAACACUUUUCAUCCCAUAGUGAUACUCGGUAUAGUUCUAGAGAAACUGUAAACAAUAUUAAUGGUGUCACAUGGGAUUGCUGGCGAUCCAGCAGAGUUCUAAGUGUUAAGAUUGGGGCUUAGAUGAGUCCAAUCAGGUCUGCCUGACAUUGGACAGUAGAUCUGCUGCUGUUCACUCUGUGCAAUAAGAGUUUUCAACAAAUGUUAAAAAUGUUUUCACAUUUCAUAUUGUUUGAUGUCAUUAGUUUUCUCCAUAACUUACCACUCAAACUUGUGGUUAAGUAUCUUAUAUGACUCGUCCAGCUGGUGUUCUCAAGACAAAAUCAGUCAAAAAUAUAGACUGGAGUUACAGUACUUUUCAUUAGGACUUCUAUUGUUAUCGCCAGAAUGGCAAAUCUUAUCAUGAGAAUUUUUUUUGCCCAUAUCACCCAUCCCUACAUGUAACACAUAACUCAGUGUAUCGCAGGUUUUAUAUUGGACAAUCAAAUUACUGUAAAAAGUGCAGCUAUGGACAUUUUUAAUUCAUAGGUUUCGAAGGUGAUCCCAGGUCAUUUUUAUUCUCCAUUAAAUUUUAUGCUCAAUUAGUCGAGAUCAUCCUUGACAGUAUUUAUACCAAAAGAAAAAAAUGUCAAGGAACAAAGUAAAAUUAUAAUAUCACAUCUUAAAUGACCACUGUAAGAUUAAUUUGGUGCCUGACAGCAACUGUACUUUAAGAUUGACAGGAACUUGUAAUUUCCCUCUAAAUCAGUCAACCUUGGAUUUCUGUGUUGUUGUAAAUCAUGUUUCAUUUUUGUCAGGAGAGCAAAAACUGUUCAGGGUAAAUCUCAAACUAAAAUGAACAGAAUCGGUUUGCUGCAUAUUGUGAUCUGCUGUUGUUGUUGUUGUGGUGGGUAUCCUCUGUGUUAUUCUUAGCCGGACAACAGGUCAAGCUUUUAAACUCCUGAGAACAAGGUAGACAUAUUUAUGGAAGCCUGCCAUCUCAAUAAAAGAUGAAUUGCUGUCUUAUGCAACAGCUGCUGACCACACUGGAGGUGGGGAGAGACAGGAUGUGGGAGGAACAGAUGGACAGAUAGAUGGACAGAUGCAAGACUUUUUUUAUAUAGAUGUGUGUUUUCCUGCUGCAGUUGCCCUCCAAGAAGAAACUGUCAAUCUUACUUCUGUCCCCUUUCUCACUGGCAUGCAUCCCUCAGGUGUCCUUCCUAUCUGACUCUCUGUCCUUUUGACACCCUCUUUAUAUCUGUUUCUGUUUCUCUCCAUCUCUCCCACCUUUUAUAUCUCUCUUAUAGUCUCCUCCUCUCUCUGAUCUAUUAUUCACAGCCCUCUCUGACUCUCUUUCUUCCCCCCCGACACCUGAAAUCCCUCCGUCCGCUCCAGGGCGUUUAGACCUCCACCAGCAGUGCCUUCCUCACAGGAUAAGAAGUAGAAUGAUGAAUAAAUGAACAGAGUGAAGAGAUAAAAAGCUUUUGGAUGGGCAGCUCUAUAGACAUGUCAAGGUAUUUCUGCGAGCAGCCUAUUGUAGAGGUUGACAUUUUACACAGUCCAGUGUAGUGCUUUUAAAAGACUGGUUUCAGUCAUGUAAGGUAAGGUUAGGACAAGAUGUUGGAGCAGAGUGGAAAGUGAAUUUUAAUCAACGCACCUGAGACUAGGGGCUCUAUUUUGGUGCCUCGCCGGAGAUCUGCCGCAAGCGCAGCGUCAAUCAGAUCCGCCGCGCUGACAAGGCGUUCCCAAGCACAUUUUGGUAUUUUGGUGAGCCACGCAGCCCGGCGUAAGUUUCCCCCCUCCCUAACUCAGCUCCUCCCGGCAGCAUAAGUCAUAGACGGGGAGGAGAGAGGGCGUAUAGGGGGUUUAACACAGCCGAGACCUGUUUUCACCAAUCACAUAAGCUCCUCUCCUUGCCUUUAAAUCCGCCACCGGCGAGGCGUAAUACUAUUUUCAUGAAGUAGUCAAAGAGAUCAAGAGAUGUCUGAAGACAGUUAUGCCACACGAUGGCGACAGAGGGCAGCUGCUCAACAAGUGUCCUCCACACUCUCUCAUCUGAGCACAGAUGGAUUUAGUGUGCGUAAUGUUGGACCCACUGGUAAGACAAACACCCUUUUCCACAAAAAAGACACUCACAUUAAGUUGCCUAUAUUCAAACCUCACGUGACAAAGGUGGGUUUAGCGCACAGAUCACAACAUAAACUCCAAAAAUGGCAUUAAAAUCUGAACCAAAAUACUACUAGACCAGCUGCGUUCCGCCUUGCGCUGAAAGCUGACCAGGUUUGAAUCGGCGAGCUUUCAGCGCACGUUACACGCCGGUGGCAAGCACGAAAAUGUCACUGCGCCAGCUGAUUCUGUCAACACCUCCCCCUGCCACGCCACCACGCCCAGCUUGGCGGAUCUCGGCUCGCCCCCGUGCGACUCAGUCCACGAAAAUACCAAACUCGCCUUACGCCGGGCUCCACCAGACGAAAAUACAACUGCGCGGGGCUCGCCGCCCUCCGCCGCCUCACCGGCGCGAACGAAAAUAGAGCCCUAGGGGUGUACUGAAGUGACUGGUUUUCAAGAUUUUUUUAUAGUAAAUUUAUUUUUUGACAAACCGAGUACUCUGAAGGUGGGGGAAAAAAACAAACAACAAAAAGUAAGCUGAACACAAUUUAGUUUACAUGGCUAAACAUAGCAUCACAGUGCACACAAUGACAACUUGGUUUAUAGAGUGUGACUAAAGCUAGCAGAGCAAGCACCACAGAUGGGACUGGUCUACAGUUUUACAUGCUGGUUCUGUUUGACCCUGGUAUUAAAUAUUAAAAUCAUCUUAAUAUCAUCAGACAUUGAGAGAACAUGCAAAAUUUUAAUACUGGCUUCCUUAUUAACAACGCAGCAGCUGGUAUAUUUUUCUCCAAAGUUUUGAUUUUGGUAGAUUGUUUCAAGGCACCCUCACACUGCUGCUAUUCUGAUAUACUACUAAUUGGUUCUACCUGGCCUAGAUAAGACUCAAAUAUUAUUAUCUUAGAAUAUGCUUUCAAAAAAUAGGAGAGACUAGAGUGCACAAAAGUCUUAGAUGUGUACAUCUUAGUCUUAGGCUGUUUUCACACCUGAAAGUCCAGACCAAAGUCUGUGUUUUUGUUCCAUGGUCUACAUUUGGUUCCAUCUGUUUAGGUUUCACACUCAUUAUUGCAAAUGGACUAACAGACUUUACAUUAAGAACCUAUGUAAUAUUGUCAUCAACUACAUGCUUUACGUGUCUCUGUAGUAUAUAUUGAUUGGUCAUUAGGCCAGCGGGCGUCUGACGUCAACACGUUGAAAAGUGCAAGUCUUGAAUGGUGUAAACAUGGAUGAAAUCGUCAUUCCCACCAUCUUAAUCUUUGAUUUUCUACUGCCAACAGCUACAACUUGAAGAGACAUGAGGCUGGUCCGAGGAAGUCUCAUGAAUUAGAUCAUUAGAUGACAACUUUAAUGACAUCGACAGGAAAGGAAAAGUAGUGUUAUAAUUCUGCGAGUCAUUGCUACACCAGCUCAGGAGAAAAAUAUGUGUAGUGAAACUCUUGAAAAGAUAAGCUAUCAACAGUGAGGUAUAACUUUAUCUACAAUAUUAUAAAAUUUCCCGUUACCGGACAAUCAUCAUUAAACAUAACAAUGGACACUUCUACUUCUUGCGUAAUUUCCUGUCUUUGGUACAAAGGUCCGAACCUUCAAAAUAAUGCUUUCACACUGGGCAUGAACCAGACCAUGGUUCAGUUUAGUCCAGAUUGAGACCACCUCUUCUGGACCCAACAGCUAAGAUCUGGCUGUUUGGUCCAAAAGAGAUUGGAGAUCUCCUUUUCCAAGAUAAACUUGGCCAAGAAUUGCAGCAACACAAAGCUUUAUCAACAAAAAACAAUCAGACUCUCACAUUAGAGAGAUAAUACUUCUGUUAUACUUAAAAGUUUGUUCAGCAUAUCUUUAAACACACACAUAUUUUUGAUCUUUGUUGUUCUGAACAGACAUGACUUAAAUCCCAGUUAUAUUGUUAAUGCAGCUUUUGCUCAUCAGAUAGAAACAGCGCAUACAUGAACUCUACUCCAGGCAUCACUCAUGACCAGUAGAAGAACAUGACAACGACUCCCUGAGGCAGAGCUGAAUCAUAAUAUAACGCAUGUAUUUUACCCAUAUGUAUUUUAAGACUGUAUCUUGACCCACCUUUGGGUGUUUUUGCAGAAUGUAGAGGCAGCUGACAUGCACUACGUGGCAGCUGUUAGCACCUGAGGGUUUGACGCUGCUGUGUCUCAGAGAAGGGCAUUCAGUCUCUGCGUAAACCUCCACAUCUGUGUGACUGUUUACCCGUGUCUAUGGAAGAGAGAAAGUCACUCAGUCCAUGUGUUUAAAGAGGAGAAAUCAGACUUUUAAGUUACAUAAUCUGUGUUUAAAAAGAGGGCUAUUAGUCAAACUGCAGCAAAAACAAUCAAAGAUAAGAGUCCAAAACCAAACUGUUGAAAUGUAAUCGACCAAUUCAUGGUGUUAUAAAUCUUGGCCAUGACUUUGACCAACAGUCCAAUUGAUAGUGUGAAUUAUGAAUACAAACGAGUAUUCUGGAGCAAAUCAUGAAGGGCCUGUGUGUAUCUGUGUCUUCCCGUAAUGCCUCCAAAGAUAAAGGCGAAACACAAUCUACAUAUUAGAGCACCAGCAUGUUGCAUGCAUCAGAUGAGCGCAGAUCUGAAAUGGAAUCUCCUUCUGUUCCUUCUCGCUGCACACAUCAUCUAUCCAUCUAUCAGCGCUGGGCUGCGACGCCUCGCCUUCCCACCACCGAGCCAUCAAUCAUUGCAUUCCCAUGCUUUAUGGAAAUGGGAGGAAAAACUUCAUUUAAUGGCAUUUUAGCUCCUAUCUCGUGCACCUAGCUUUUUCUUUGUCCACCCAUGCAUCUGUCUGUCUGUCCUUUUGUCCACGCAUGGGUCCAAUCUAGCCUCGAUGUACGGUCGUUUAUUUAAAUCUAUUUAAAUGGAUAUGAGGCGUAUGCAUGUGCAGGGGGAUUUCAUGGCCCAGCAGGUCUGCAAAUACCAAAGCUGUUCCACCUCACUGACCCCCCACCAGGGCUUAUAUACAAUUAAAACACACCACAGGUGGGCAAGGAAAGACAGAAAAGGGUAUCUGGGUAUCUAUCUAUCUAUCUAUCUAUCUAUCUAUCUAUCUAUCUAUCUAUCUAUCUAUCUAUCUAUCUAUCUAUCUAUCUAUCUAUCCAUCCAUCCAUCCAUCCAUCCAUCCAUCCAUCCAUCCAUCCAUCCAUCCAUCCAUCUAUCUAUCUAUCUCUAGACUUGCACAAAGGAAACAGUUAUUGAGGUGUGGGUGAAAUGAAAUAAAGGGAGGAUGAAAUGAAACAAUAAAAGCAUUGGACAGUAGAAAACAGUAUAGAAAGUGAAAUAGGUGUCGGAGGAGAAAACAGCUCUCCAGGGGAAGUAGAGGAGAGGAGAGGAGAGGAGCGUGAAGAAGAAAUUGAGGGAGGUGACUUGGAACGCUUGAGCGAAUAAGGAAAGAAGGGAACAAAGAGGGGACAGGGGGAGGAGAAGUGAAGGGUAAAUGUCUUUGCUAAUGUCUUUGGUGCCAAUAUUGACUAACCCUGGCUUCCUUUGACUUGAGUCUACUCGCUGCAUCCUGCUCUUCAGUUCAUUAGGUUUGUCAUUUGGAAAUGGACGUAUUGGCUGAGCUGUUCAAUGUCACCAUGGAUGGAUGGAUAGAUGGUUGAAGGUUAAGAGUUUUAAACAUGAAAGGAUGCAGCUUUAGCUUAUAUAAUACCCAGAAUAAUAUCUAAAGUUUACACACAGUAUUUGACGAAAGACAAGCUUGCUUAAUUAAACGAAAGACAAAGAUGUCAAGAGGCAAACCUUUCUUGAACAAGGUGAGAUAAGCAGUGACUAUUUUCACACUGUGGGUUUGAUUUGUUUGUAAAAUUCACAUGAUGGUUUUGUAGUACAGUUUAAAGAAUUGUCAUUUGGUUUUGUCAGGGCUUGCCAGGAAUCUAUUUUUUCCAAGGUAUGAGGUGUCCUGCCAAAAAGGAUUUUAACUAAAUUGUUUGUGGGAUCAGUAUUGAGGAAAAAAAACAGAUAAUACAUUUUAUUUUUGCAUGAAAAUACUGCAGGUGCUUUCACAUCUUACUCUAACUGAAGUGUCAGUUCAGAAUAAGGAGUGUUUUGAUGAAUCUGUUCUAGAAAUAUUUUCUAUAUUUUCAGUCAAUUAGCAAUGUUUCUAUUCCCUCGAGAUUUAAUCACAACCACAGUAAUGUAGAUGUGUCCAGAUGUUCAUGAAAACAGGAUUUGUUUGUGAUCACUCAUUUUAUUUCUCAUGCAAACACAAGGGGAACAUGGUCAACUGUUCCUAUUUGUCAUGAUUAUAGAUAUGGAAAAAAGUAUGAGACACAAAUAAUACACUGUAGAUUUAAAUAUCCAUUAUGCCUUUUCCCUGGACUUAUUGUGUGCACUCACAAAUUACAUUUUCUUAUCUUACUUUGAAACACAUAAAUUAGGAGGGCUGGCUCAGGUAUCACUGAUAGGUGGAAAAAAAACUUUUCCUGUAAUUAUAUAAAGCACACAAAAAGUUCAGGAGUGUUGAUAUAAAGUGACUAAAUAAUGUACAUUCUUGUAUAAAUGUGUAACUGGCCAGAUAAUAUGGCCAGCAAGUGUGUGAGUUCAAAGGAACAGUUUACCACAAAUAUUUUAAAAAUCUUAGAUUACCAAAGAUGCUUUCAAUAGCAAUUCACAUUUUCUGCUUCAGCAGUCGCUCUAUCAAUCAAAGUUGGAUAUUCCGGUGUAAUUUUAAGUUAUGAUCAAACACACCGUAAUGCAGAGUUAGACACCCCCUCAAGAGAUGAAUGUUGCAGACUGCUUGCUUCUCUAGUCAUACCAACUACAGCAACCACCGCACGAUAGCAAUACACAGUGGUCUAUGUCUCCAUGUGCAAACCUCAACCAAAAUGCCACACUAUAGCCACAAAUAAUGCUCAGAACAGCACCUAACUUCAUCAACAGUACAUAUAGGGUCCCAGCCAUAGUACUAGCCAUCAAACAUCUUUUUAGCUUUGCCUGGUUUCUUUAGCAAAGAGACCAAACACAACUCACCCACUCUCCUCCAGCAGCCACUUGUUUAUGGGGGAGCCCUGACGAGUUGAUCACCGAGUGCAGCGGAUCAUUUCCUUGAAGUAAUAAUAAUCAUAAUAAUUAUUUUGCACUGCAGACACAGUAGUUCUUCUGCCUUAGCAUCUCAGUCUGAUUGUAUUUCCAUGAAGUAAUAAUCAGAAAUGCUCCUCCUUGAGCUGCGAAACUCCACUGCACACAGUGAUCGACUCGUCAGGGCUCCCCCACAAACAAGUGGCUGCUAGAGGAGAGUGGGUGAGGGGGCAUCUAAUCUCGGUGGUACGCUGUGUUUGACCGUAACUUAAAUUUAUGCCAGAAUAUCCCAUUAAACUGUAAGAACCCUGGUGUUGUCAAACUAUCAAAGAAAGGCGUAUUAUUAUUAAGUAUUAUCUGAAUUUGAAUGCCAAGUAGGAGGAUACAAGACUUCCAAAAACUUUUGCAUGAUCAUUUUGCAUCCAGUAUUGACAUCCUUGUCCAGUGUCAAGGUUAGGUGGAGAGUUAACAUGCAUGGUCUUCUCAGGUGGAGCCUCUCUGCACAGCAGCUCUCAGACAGGUUGAUUACCUUAUGUAAGGAGCAAAGACUUAAAUCAUGUCCCAAGCCAUUCAUAUCCAAUUAACCUGCCUGGAAAGAUGUGCCCUCUAUCGAACUGAUAGAUGGAAGAGAAACAAAUGACAACUUCAAUAUUUUAUCACCUCUUCAAUGUGUUGGAUGAAUGGAGGGAAUUAAAAAAGGAAUUUAGAGUCCAAAUCAAACUAUGAAUUUUAAAUGCUAAAUUACAAACAGGGUUGUCAUUUCUGUGUUAUAUAACAGGUACAGUGCAGAAAAAUGUGUGUUUUCCUGUAUGUGUAGUUGUGUCUGCUGCUGAAAAGGCCACUCUGGGGCAUGUAUGCCGGAGCUGUUUUAACAUGAUUACACAUGGCCUCUUCCUCACCUCUCCACCUCUGUUUCAUCAUCAUUAUCCCCUACACAGCACUUCUGAGAAAGAGACAGGAGGAGGAAGGAGGUAGGAAGAGGGAAAGAAAGACGGAGAUAGAAAGAGGGUUGAGCUAAAGGGCAGGAGCUGCACUGGGAAUCAUAUACAGAAAAACAAAGACAAAAAGACUCAGACAGAGUAUGUAGCCAUGAGGCUGAGAGAGAAAGAGUACACAGUCGUAUGAGUCAAAGAAAAGAUCUCUCCGCACUGGGCUUCAGUGAUUUAAUGUUGUGUCUAUUUUGGCUUUCAUUCAUCUGACUGUUACCUCAGAGCCACCAGCACCUCCUGGAUAGGUUGUAAUCCUCCUUCUGCUGUCUGAAAAACGAGCUGACUUUAGGCAGGUUGUCUAAUCUGUUGGCAGUAGCAGAGAGAUUUUCAAAGAAAUAGUCUGAGAUGCUGUGUGUAUGUGUAUGUGUGUGUGUGUGUGUGUGUGUGUGUGUGUGUGUGUGUGGGGGGGGGGGGUACUGCUGAUGUUUUUGUCUCUGAAUGGCUUGACAGAACAAGAUUCCUACAUGUAAAACAUGAUAUGCAGUAACAUAGCGCUCUGAAAGAAAGACAGCAAUUCAACAAAAUGGGAUAUCUUUAAAAAUUGUGUCUGAAGCUGAGAAAAGCUGAAUCUUUACGAUAGCAUGAAUGUGCCGUACAUGAUCAGACCUUCACAAAGCAUGUGAAGGACUGCGACCAACUGUUCCCAAAGAUGUUAAACAUGUCUCUCACUUUUUUGAAUGCCACCACAAUUUCGCAGCUUUUAUGUGAAAAUGUUAGUGAGACUAUUAUAUAACAGGAAAGGCUCUUUGUUUAUCAUCUCUCCUCCUUUUUCUAUAAGUAAGCAUCAGUUACCAAAUGAGGAAAGAGUUUCUUUGUGUGCAUCCAUCUGUACGUCGCUGUUAGCUCUCAAACAAUAUUGUCCCAGAAUUUAAAUUUCAACCAACUGCUUAUGAUCUGUUUGCAGAGAAAUCAGCGGCAAUCAGUGCCAACUGUCUUUUUGCCGCCGUUCUACAUGCAGUGGAAAUUGGGGGUUAGUGUACCUGUGGACGAAGCGGUUCCAUUCCCUAAUUUGGUCCAAAACAUCUUAUCCUGCUGUGUUUUAAUUGUCUAAUGCAUCACUUACAUUGGAUCUUUGCUGUGGAAGGCUGUAACUGUGAGGUGCUCUUUAUCUCCUCAUUAGACACCCACCAAUCAGCAGCAGUUACAGGCAUAAAAAGUAACUUGCCUUUGUGGGUUAGGUAGAGGCAUCAAAAUGAAUUAUGAUCUGCUAUAUGACACUCCAUAAACGCUUUACAGUCUUUUUAAGUCUCUUUUUGUUGGUGUCUAUUAUGACAUGCAUUUAGGAACAAAUCUGCUUCUUUAUGUAUGAUGAAAUAAGCCAAAAAAUAAAAAAUAACGAUUAGGGGUAGACUGGGUGUGUGAGCUCCUCUGUGAAGUGUCUUUCAAUGUGCCGUAUAUCUCGAGCAAACAGAGACGGGUAACUGUGAAAAGAUGAUCAAACUGAAAUAAAUUGAUGCUGCAAUUUUAGCAUUACCUGAGUCAGAAUUUCUUUGGUUCAAGUGUAGACAGUUGUACCGUCAAACCUAAUCAAAAUGUGAAAUUUAAAGGAAAAAAGAUUUGUUUUCAAAACAUUUCUGUCCAGGCAAAGAAAGGAAAAUGGGUCAUGGAGGCUGCAGAAAACUGGUCACUUUGUCUCAAAAGCACACAAGAGAUGAGAAGUAAUCACAGUUCAUUUCCAGAAUAUUUCCAGGGGGUUAGAAUUGUCCACUGUGAACACGAAUGGGGAUGAUAGCUCCUUUCACAAAACUGUAGUAUGUGAGUAGAGUUUAUGUGUGUUUAUGGAAGGAUAGAUCACAGAUGGUAUUUCCUUCCCUGCUGAGGUCUUGAUAGACCAAUCAUAGUUGGAUUUCAAGUCCUCCUCAACCGUUUAUUCUUGAAUCCUUCAGGCUCAUUUACCAAUCAGAAUUGACUUUUGUGGGUAUUGGCCAAUCAGAACUUGAUCUUCAGUGUUUAUUGAUCAAUCAAAACUGGAUUUACAGAGAUCACUGACCAGUCACAGGAGGAUAUACUGCAGUCAGAUAUUGCUGGGAUUUAUAUUCAGUUUGGUUCAAAGAUUCAGCCUUCACGCUGCAUUUAUCCGAUCUAUAUUUACAUCUUUAAAAAUAGACAUUCACUUUUUUUAGGCAUCAUUUAUUCAGAAGGGUUUUCUGUGACUCUUCGUGGACAUAAUUAGACCACAGGACACCCACUAAACCUCUCAGGCCUCCACUGCACCUGCUCAAUAAAACAUUACCGCUCCCUCUUCCUGUCAAACCCACACAGCCAGCUGCUGCACAGACACUUCUCUAUAAACUUACGAAGAAUUAGCUCAAAUCUCAGGAAAGGCUUUCUUUUAAAGGCCAAUAAACUGUCUCUGAAAUGAUGUUUUCUCUUCAAUACCACGCCAUUUUUCACGCUGCAACAAAACCAACUCACACUACUUGGUUAUUGAUCCUGUUUACUUUGAGUGGAUGGGAUGAUAGAUUUCUUUGUGCUCAAUUUAGAGGAAGAGCAGCUGAAGCCAAAGGCAAUUGUGAUUGAAGCAGCACACAGCGCAUAAAAGAAGUUUACCUAAAAGGGAUAUUCUGGUGUAAAUUUAUGUUAUGGUCAAACACACUGUAACACUGAGUUAGACAACCCCUCUGAAUGUUGCCGACUGCUUGUUUCUUUCAUUAUGUCAACUUCAGUAAUGAUCACACGAUGGCAAUUCACUGCAGUCUAAGGGCCUGAUCUACUAUGAUCCAAGCACUAAACUGCAUGUGCAAACUGAAAAAUUGCACGUACUAUUAAUGGGCAUAUUGCAGGUGAUCUACUAUCAUUGCGUGCUCUAUUGAAGGCAGGAGCAAAAGAACCGCCCUCUUAAAUGAGGUUUUUGCGUGCACUAUCAGCUGUCACCAUGGAGGGUUUGUGAGAGCAGAGUGUUUGAAACUAUGGAGUUGUACAUAUCAUUUUGGGGAACUGUAUAGAGGCAAGGCAAGUUUAUUUGUAUAGCUCAGUUCAUACACAAGGCAACUCAAAGUGCUUUACAGAUGCAAGAAGAUAUACUGGAAAUCAAAAAAGGGAUAAAAAUUAUUUAAAAUCAAUUAGACAAACUGAUAUAUUUUUUCCGUCUGUUUCGUGUUUGACCUUUUCGUCAUUUACCAGAAAAACGAAAUAAAUCACAAGCUUUUGGACAAGGAUCAUGGCGUGUAUCAUGGCACUUCUGCAUCCUUCUCUUUACAAUGACCAUGCGUAAUGCUGCUCCAGUUUGCACGUGCCUUUCAAACAUGCUAAAUAUAGACGCAAAAAAGCGACCGCAUUCGGAUCCCAGGUUUGCAAGUUCUGAUGAUCUACAUACAAUCUGCAUAUUCAUGAAGUCAAACACGCCAAAACUUUAUUGCACGCGCUGUUUUGCUCAUUUGACGGACGCAAUCCUCGGUGCACCCGGUUAGUUAAUCAGGUUUGACUGCACUAUUAAGUUUGCACGUGUUUUUGCACACGCAAACCUUAAAUAGAUCAGGCUCUUAGUCUCUAGUGCAAACCGCAACCAAAAAGCCACUCUAUAGCCACAAAUGAUGCUCAGAGCAGUUCUUCUGCCUCCUGGAGAACCUCAUCAUCACCCAAGACCUUAAGAGGGACCUGAACAUCAGUUCCUUUGUUUAAAAGGCCCAGCAGAGAAUGUACUUUUGUGGAAGCUGAAGAAAUUCAACCUGCAAAUACAAUGAUGGUGCACCUCCACCAUUGAGUCCAUUCUCACCCCAGUCUGGUACAUUACUGCCACUGCAAAGGACAAGAGCAGGCUGCAGUCAAGAGUCCACUCUGCAGAGCUGAGAGGGUGAUCGGCUGCAACUCACCACCUCUACUGGACAGUACACCUGGGUACACACUGGGGCUGAAGAGAUAGGAUUGUUGCCCUCUCACCAUGGACACAGACUCUUUGAGAGCCUUCCCUCGGGCAAAAGGUCGUGGUCCAUCAGGGCCAAAACCACAUCCACAAGAACAGUUUCUUUUCGUCCACUGCAAACCUUGUGAACACUGCCCUGGCCUUGACUCAGGCUUGGGCCUUUGGACGGGGCAAAGCAGACUGUACAGUUUAGAGAUCCACCCAACAAAACAGAACAACACCACGUUAUAAACUAUGACAAUGCUGCACUAAAACCUUACUCUCGAGCCAUGAGAGAUGAUGGCAUCAGAUUAGGUUGGAUAUGUGUGUCGGUUGUGGUUUAUAAAGAUAACAGUGAGUGAAACAAAAACAAUAACAAUGUAUAGUAAGAGCUGAACAAGUGAGGAGAGGGGUGGAUGAUAAAAUAAGGAGAAAGCAGGAAUGUGGGCCAGCAGGGUGUGAUAAUCUGUCUCCCUGCCAUCCAGUCCACAUGGGAGAGGGCGGGAGAGAGAGAGAGAUUAAGGGGGAUGUAUGAUGUAUUCUGACCCAUAUUCAUGCAGACAUUGAUGCUUUGUGACCCACAUACUGCCUCAUCUAAAUACAUAUCCUUAUGUGAUACUGAUAUGUGUAAGCACAGACGAACAAAUACACUGCACCAGGGCUGAGCAAAUAUGGUUGGAACAUCAAUAUGCGCAUGCUCAAUAAUCCGAUUGCUGGAAUAUCAACCAUAUGACCAGAAGACAUCAUACUGUCACCACUUCCCUGUUGUCCAGGACUCAUCAACAAUAAUGGCCAUCUAUAAUCUACAAUGGAGUAUUAUGGCCACAAAAUAAAGAGAUUUACGACUUUGUGAGCAAAGUCGUUAUGAUUUAAAAAUAAACUCAUUAUAGAAUAAGGAUAAAAACUAGAAUAAAGAUGUUUUAUUUUGUUCUUACUCUGAGAUUAAGUAAUUUUAAUACAAGAAUAUGGUUAUGUCUUGAGAUUUAAUCAUUAAAAUACAAGAUCAAAGUUGUUAUAUUAUGAGAGUAAGAUUGUUAAAUUUUCAGAUUAAGUCAUAAUUUUAGUUGUAUGUAAGAAGAUUACAUUUAUUAGUAAAGUUUAUGCAGUGAUGUUGUGUUGGCCCUCCUGUACAUGGACCUUUGCAUGCUGGUAUCAGUGCUGCUGUCAGAAGGCUGAACACUGUAUGGGCAGGAGGAAGAUUUGAUUUAAUGGCAGAAAAUAGACCAAGGGGCCUUUCUUACCCAAAGUCUGCUUAGAAAGUCCAGAUAAGGGACCAAAUGUUUACAUUGUUGCAUUUUGCAUUUGGUCCGGUUUGCAUUCACAUAGGACUUUUGCCAAGCAAACCGAAUGGUUAAAAAAAGAGGGAAAAUUAUGAGGGAAAAUCACUGUCUGUCACCUGCUCAUUUUGGGCACAAUCUUCAUUGUCCCACAACGCACAGAAAGUAGCCGACCAGAGAGAACAAUGGGUGUCUUGCUUCACGCAAUUGACCAGAGGUGGUGAAGACCUGCAAGGAAAUGCUGGGCAUUAAUGCGAAGGACUGCCUUUAUUGUCAGCCUGUUUGUUGAACAGAAAAACACCCAGUUAUUUCAUAUUUAUCACCCAACUAUUGUAUUAGAACACAAACCCUCUGACAUACAUCCAGUUUUAUGGACAGUCCCGUGUUUUGAACGGCUGCUGCAGCCUCCAGCCGGGCAUAAUUCCCCGGCUUUAUUAUGGUGCAAAUGUGUUCUUGGUUUAUAUUGACAUAUAAAAAGUCAGGCUGCAUCAGUGCUGCGCUUACAUCCGCUGUGGACCGGACUAUGGUUCGUUUGGAAGGGGACUGAGUCCGGCACAUUCAAGAGGACCAUGGCCCAUUUGUUUGAUCCGGACCAAGGUUCGCUUAUGUGUUCAUACCACCCGGACCAAUAGAGUAAGGGAACCAUGGUCCAUUUGUUUGAGCCGAACCAAGGUUCACUUAUGUGUUCAUACUAUCCGGACCAAAAGAGUAAGGGGACCAUGGUCCUUUCAAAAUGGACCAAACAAUCCUGGUGUGAAUGCGCACCAAGACUUGAAUUAUAAGUAUUUAAGAAAAUUUGUGUUUGGUGUUUAAGUUGCAUCCUCGUCGUCGUUUUCUUCCGCUUCAUCUGGGUCCGGGUCGCGGAGGCAGCAGCUUUAGAAGUGAGGCCCAGAUGGCCCUCACCCCGGCCACUUCCACUAACUCCUCUGGGGGGAUUCCCAGGCGCUCCCAAGCCAGGCAAGACAUAUAAUCCCUUCACCUAGUCCUGGGCCGGCCACGAGGUCUCCUCCCGGUGGGACCUGUCUGGAACACCUCUAACGGCAGGCAUCCAGAAGGCAUCCUAACCAGAUGCCUGAGCCACCGAGCUCCUUACCCUAUCUCUAAGGCUGAGCCCGGCCACCCUGCGAAGAAAACCCAUUUCGGCUGCUUGUAUCUGCGAUCUUGUUCUUCCGGUCAUUACCCACAGUUCAUGGCCAUAGGUGAGAGUCAGCACAUAGAUCGACCGGUAAAUCGAGAGUUUCGCCUUAAGGCUCAGCUCUUUCUUCACCGCGACUGAUCGGUUAAGCGUCCGCAUCACUGCUGAUGCCGCUCCAAUCCGCCUGUCAAUCUCCCAUUCCAUCUUACCCUCACUCGUGAACAAGAUCCUGAGAUACUUGAACUCCUCCACUUGAGGCAGGACCGCCCCUCCGACCUGGAGAUGGCAAUCUACCUUUUUCCAACUGAGGACCAUGGCCUCAUCCAAGCAUCCAACCACUGAAAAUGUGCCACAUUUAUGGUAUCUGAUAUAAAUUUCUGAAAAAUUUCUUAGUGCUAUACAUUUCAGCAAGAAAAGAUUAGUUUUUUUUCCAGUAUCAUGCAGCACUACCCUUAAGGCCUGAUAAUCCAUGAUGCUCAAUGACCUUAUACUGGCUGUAGGACAAAGGAUAGGUGAAGUCAGUGAUCAACAGCAAAAUACCUGAAUAGUCAUGUCUGUAAUCUUUGAAGCAGAAACAGAAGAGGCAGUCAGCUCUAAGAACUGUAGGAGUGUCAGGAUGGUCAUAUUUAGCGAUGUUCACAUGUAUUUGCCAUCUGUCAUAUCACCUUUAAUUUUAAUCCUUUGUAUGCUCAUUUUGCCAGGAGUCAGCAAACUGUGUGGCUCGUCUCGCUCUUUCCACUGCCACUCAGAUCCACUGCACCUGUCAAUCAUUUUGAUGAGCUGUCAGCCUUGGAGCACGCCUUAGGUUGAGGAAACCAGUGUGUGUAAAGCUUCUGCAGGCCUUGCAGAAAUGAACUCACAUCUGCAUUAGAAGAAUAUCCUCUGAAUCAGGCUUAACUUUACCUUCCUAAAGGCAUUCCUUCUCUUUCUUUAUGCUUUGAGGGAUAUCAUGUCACUCUGAUUGUCUAGUGAGGUUGCUGGCAUCAUCUGUAUGUAACAACACUUAGCUCAAUGCUGGCACGCACACAGCAAAUUGCAUUAUACACAGGGGAAUGCAACUUAGUAAAAACAGUCCAUUCACUUGAUCUAAGUACAGUCUUAAUGCAGUGCUUUUGUAAAUCACGUCUUUGAAUAUAUUAUCAACUUGAGUAGAUUUUAAAGGCCUGACUUGCAGAGCACCCUACAUAGCUCUUUUGAGACACUGAAUCACUAACGUUGCAUACCUAAAGUAAUGGAUUUUUUCACCCGGGCAUGAAAUCUGGUGCAUAAAUGGUUCUUAUGGCAUGAUUCUAAUAUGAAAGAAACUAUAUGAAAAGAGAUACCAUGCUUGCACUUUGAUGUGAGUUGAAAUGUAAUGAUAUAAAGCCCUGUUGGCUAGCAGAAUCCAUCAGUGCACCUUUGUUGAAGACCAUUAGGAUCACGAUGAACCAAACUCUAAACCUUUAGUAAAAAGUCUGAUAAAUGGUCUGAUUAUUUCAAUUUUAUUAAAAAAAAAAUCAUUCUGGUUCUCCGAAGCUUUAUUUAUUGGUGUCAGGAAAUUGCUCGUGUCCACUUGAGGCUGGUUCCAAAAACCAAUGGAACCCUCUUAAGCCUAAAACAUACAGCUUACAGCUGAGACUGUGUUAUUGGUUUUUACAGCCUUUGGUUGAAUGAGCUCAUUAUGCCAUCAUGUUAAAUGGAAAAUCAACAAAGUAACUGUGAGUAUAAGCUCGAUUGCUUGAUUGCAAAGUAAGUAAAUGACUGUCAGAGUUAUUUGCAGACAAAGUUCAUAGUGGAAAAUUGCAGUCCAAACUAAGAAUCUAAGGCCCAGUUAUGCAGUACAGAACUCCUUUAAUGAACAGGGACUUGGCCAUGCAUUUUUAACUCAGCCCAGUCUUCAUCUGGACGGAUGGCAAUUAUUUACCCCUUCACACCUCUAUCAACUGUAGUUAAAAGUUGCACCUGGGCAAAACAAUUUCUUCAAAACAUGAGAAAAAAGCAUCUCAAAAUGCAUUUCACACCAUCAGUUUGGAGGUGGCAGCAAAAGAGCUUUGUACCAUUGGUUGAGAUAUGAAGAUUAAGAUACGUAGGAACACAGCAAAUAGCAGUAACUCCCUGUCUCAACAUGAGAAAGCUAACAAAAUGUAGGACAACUCAUUAAAGUUCCUGAAAUGAAACCCAUUUGAGAGAUCUCUGAAAAUAAUGCUGUUUUAAUGGAGAUCCUGGCAAGAGAAGCUGAGACUUAAAGAGCUUGGACUUGAUGAGAGGGUAAUCAAUAGCUCAAGAGCUGGUUCACAAAGAGAGCUUGGCAAAUAGCAUAUAGCGAUGCUAAUACCUUACUUUGCCUCCCCUAUAACCAUUUCCAGAUAUCUGUCUUAGACCCAGCACAGAUUCAGACUAGUAUGACUGAUUUAGUCAUCUCAGAAAUAAAGUUUUGCAUGUCAAGUGCUAUGUCAGUUCAGAUGGGCAUAAACCUAUAUAUGUCCUCGUUAAAUUUAAUUGGGUACACAGGUGCGAUAUCUGUUGUUGCACCUUACGUGUAUUGAAUGAAUUUGGGAUUUUUUAAAGUAAGUCGGCCCCUUUUUUUCUCAUCCAUCUCUUCUUCUCUCUGCUCCAGUAGUAAUACAACAUGAUGCUUUAAUAGCCAGUGUACCUUCUCCCCUCCAAAAAACAAGGCACUUGUACCGUCUGCUUUAUGUGACAACAGGAAGCAUCAGAGGGAGGAAAGGAAGAGGGACAGUGCGACAGCAGUGAGAGAAAGAAGAGAGGAAGGACAGGAGGAUGUGCGUGUCAGAGGAGAUGUCCUCUCUGAGGCCCCUGUUGUCCCUUGUCCACAGUGGACGAGGCUUUUCCAGCACACUACACAAGUGAGGAGAUAAUUUCUGUCACAUAAUGUCACAGCCAUAACUACAUUCUCACCAAAUAAAGACUCAGUGUGUUUUGUGGGGAAAGUUUAUUGAGUGAUACUGUGGAGCCCUCCUACACAAUGAAAAGUUAUAUGUUUCAAUUUCUUGAAAGUAAAACAAGUUCCUGCAAGUUCACAACAUUAGAUCAAGUUUGCAUAUUAUCAAUUUUUUGUAUGUUUUUACUAAAAGUCAAAUGUAUUUUUUUGCUGAUUUAGUGUUUAUGACUGUUUUAUCUCAAGGCUGCAUUUAAAAAAAAAAAAAAUGACUGCAUGCUGAGGCAGAAUUUUUGUCGUCAGUAUGACUAAGUCUGAUUGGUUUAAGACUCCAGCUGUGUGCUCGGACACUUCCUCUGAUGUUUAUACAUCCUAAUGAACCUCCUGCUUUAACUUCGUCAAUACUGAUUGUUUUGCUAAUUAGCCUUCUGUGUCAUAUGUGAUAGCUAUUUUUCAUGAGCUGGUUAGGUUUUGAGUUGAAUUUAAUUCCCUUCAAACAGGUUUCCAAAACUGAGACCAUAUUGAUAUUUAAAUCUUUAAUUUAUAAUAAGAAGAAUAUUCUUGUCCAUUUAAAUAUCUUUUUAAAGUGUUUAACUGGUAACUACAAGAACUGGACAGAAAGAGGAAGCUGUGAGCCCCUUUUGGAUCAUGUUUUGUUUCCUUGGCAACAAUAACUCCUUCUUGGGCCUGUAAGAGAAAAUAUGCAGAGUACUGCCCAGAUAGUGAAUGAGAGAAAAAAACAAAUGCUCACCAGAGGUCAGUCAAUCAGAUCAUGUUCAGCUCCAUAGCCAACACACAUGCAGCUCCAACAUGUUCAAAUCACAAAAGACAGGAAAAGACAACAUUCAAAUGGGGAAUCAGACACGAGGGGAUUUUUCUUAAAUCUACAGCCAUCUUGUCGUCCUUUUUAAAAAAAAAAAUUGUGGGGAUAAUAAAAAAUUAAGUUCUUCUUAUCUUUUUGCUUUUAGUGCCAAAACUGAAAUUGAGUUUUUGGCCUAAAACAUCUCAUUUUUGUCAAUAAAUGACUUCGGCCAUUAUUUUAAUAGAGUGACAAAAUAUUAAAUCAGCAUACCACCGGACGUUGAUUAACGUAGACGCCCUUCAAUCUUCCUGUCUCCAGCCAGUCUCCAGUGGGUUGGGCAAAUCCAAAAUAGUGAAAAAGUGUAUCCUGAGACAGGCUGUUAGCUGUGAAACAGGGUUGCUCUGAAAACACCCCUAUUAGCACUUGGUACGUUCCUCCUGAUGAACUCAACCAUAGACUGUAAACUGAUGCGGAAAAAAAUCGAGUCAACCAAUCAGAAUUUUUGUCAACUCAGCACGUAUCGACAAAUAAGUCGACCAGUUGACUAGGACAUUUCAGCCCUAGAACAGUCACUUGGACAGUCUGUACACCAUAAUUUGACAGACAGUGAAAGUAGGUGUUGGUGCUCUCUGUGAAGUCAAGAUGCACACUGUGUUAUUAUGUAUAGUUUGGUACCAAAUGAACAAACAACUCAACUAUAAAGUGAUCAUUAAUGUCUCUCUGUUAUAGCUUUUUACAUUUGGCUUAAACUAUACCUACAGUUAAAUAACAGCUUUACUUUUCUUCCUGCAUUCAUCAGUCUUUAUUAAAUAUGAGUUUCUUAUUUACUUCUAUAAGACACAAUCAGUUUGAUAUAACUCUGGUUUCUAUGAUGCAGAAGAGCUUUAAUGACUGUAAUGACUAAUUGUAAUGACUACAAACAGAGCCUGAAGAGUAUCCUGACCUUGACAGAGCUGUAGUCUCAAGGGAGAUACUGUAUGUGUGUGUGGGAGGAUAUCGGUCCAGCUUUAGCUACCAAAAUAAAACUGGUCCACAGGGGUUUGGUGAUUGGCACUGAAUGGUCUGUAGCUACUAAAGCAAGCCUGGAGGAAUGUAGAAAGUUUGAACAAUGUAGGAUUGAUGCACUGCUAUUAUUCUGUAUCUAACAUACAAUACAAACUAAUUUUAGCCUGGGUUUGCAGCUAGUUAUCAAAGUUUCCCCAUAAUCCAGCCAAACUAGUGACCUGUAACUCUGCCUUUUUCCCUCUUUUCUCAUGACUAGAGCUCAUUGUUUGUUAAAGCUAGUAGGAAAAUAUUUGAUCAAACACAGUAAAACAUCCAAAAGUCAAAUCAAGAUAAAUAUUUUAUUGCUAGUGAGUAAAAUGAAAAAGCUGUUAUAACCAUGUAGAGUCAAACCAUCCCAUGUAUUUUUUUACAUUCCAGGGCACGGCCAUUCGAACCUCAGGGUCUCCACUGACUCUUGUUAUUAGUUGUGUGUUUUCUCCUCUACAAAAGAUAAAUAGAAAUAUGUAUGGCUCUUUCAUCAAGUCUCUGCUUAUCUUGUGUAUUAAAACAUCGUGUUAGCUGUAGGUAAGCUAUAUUUACUGCACAUGAAUAUAUGAUCACAGGAAAUAUUGCCUCUUUUACGAUCUCCUUUUUGUGCCUCUACCUGUUGGCCCCUCUCUCUGCAGAGAGGAAGUAGAGAAAGUCAGCUUCCUUUACCGACUAAUUCGGCCUUAAAUUCAUACAAUGACUAAAGGUGGAACUAAGUUGUCCAUAGUAUAUACAGCUUUUGGUCGUAAUGCUCUGUCAUUUACUUAACCUGCACCAGUAAGAUAGCAUCAAAGCAUCUUUGUGUUUUAGGGGAUGGUUUUGUGACUUUAUUUUGGUAGGAAACAUUAAAAAUCAAGCUAAUCCCUACUAAUUUCUCUCAAGUCUUCACCAACUCUUCAAAACAUGUGUAAAAACCGGUGCAGCAGGGACAGCAGUAAGAGGAAUGACAAAAUUUGAAUAGUGUGUGGUAGACUAAAAGUAGUAUCAAUGCCUCUUUGACCCCUUCACAAAACUGACCACGAUGCAGCUGUUGGCUUGAGUUGAGUUUGUUGUCCUUCAUUGAGUGUCCUGCCAGGAGUUACUCCUUCGGCUGCAGUGCCUGUGAAUGUACUGCCAGUGUAUGGUAUAUUUCAUAUUGAAUGAAAGCUGGUUGUAACUCAUAAUGACAAGCUGUCAGAUUGAAUCUGAGUGGCUGUUUGAUGCCUUUGUAUAAUGUAUGCAGCUAAUGUACAAAGUGAUGCAGAGUACGCAGCAGCAGUCAAUAUCACAGCCUCUUAACCUUUAUGGCUUAUGACACCCAAAAAUAAAUGACUGCUAGUGACUCCCUGAGCUUAACACACAAAUGCACACUGACAUACACACAUGGGAGGUACGGUUGGCCUGUGACACAAAGUCAUUUUUCCUUCCUUGUGUGUGUGUGCACCUAUACGAUGGUGCCUAUGGGACAUCUAACAGACAAAACUUAAAACAACAAUACUAGUUGAACAUGAUCUUCUUUACAACAUGAUUUUAUGUCAUAUUUAUCAUUAAAAAGUGUGCUUUAACUCCCUUGACAACCUUUGCUGGACCUCAAAUAAGCUUCAUUCAAACUCCAGGCUCAGAAAAAUCCACCCUAGUGUUUGAUUUAUCCCUUUACGUGUUAACCUAAGUGACCUGUGAUCGAACAUGACCUGUAAAUGACCUGUGAUCAAACACAAUAGUUACACUGUCACAGUCAGAAAAGCAAGACUGCACACUGAACCAACAAUGAGCAGACAAUAAGGGCUGCAGCACGUUGUUCCUCUAUCUCUUUAUUGCUACCGCACACAUACACACUCAGAAACAUAACAAAUGCAUGUUAGCCCCUAUUUGUUACACCCCACGCUAAGGUGGCCAUAUGGGGCUAACAACUUUCUAUAUAUUGACCCAUUAAAAGCCACAAAAAACACCUUCAAAAGUGUAACAAGAAAUUUAGUAUAAAAAACACAGAAUUAAAUGAUUACCAAAUAGGGUUGCAGGAUUAAUUGAUAAUAAAUUGUAAUUGGAUUAUUGAAUUAUGACAAUGUUAAAAAAAAAAAUUAAAAUUGUCAAAUCGAUUUUCCUCUCUAUCACGUCUCGUGCCUCCAGGCCACCAUAGGAUCCCCCUUCCUGCAGGAGUGCUCCCUAGUUCCUGCACACACCAGUGUAAACAAACAUGGCUUUUGCAAAGGAAAGGUGUGGAAUUGGUACGGCUUCACAGUUUUGGAUGAAGAGCAGACCACUCCCCAUUGCAAAGUCUGUCUAAAGACAGUAUCAACCCGUCCACUCGGAAACAAGUUCAGGAGUAAAUGCAAAAGUUUUUUGUCGUAUUGGCGUUUCAUGAACACUGCAACAGCAUUUCGGGGGACAGUAAACGGUACUUUUUGAAAACGGGUCAGAGAGUGCAUAAAUCCGUAAACGACCACCAUUUCAUCUCCGUGUGGUUGCCUAUCUGCAUCUCUUGAAACGAUUAUGUGACACACAGCAUAACUCUUUUAUGGCACCAGCGCGUGUCCAGCCAGAAAAACUUAUAUAUGCGAACUUUUUUUUGUAGCAUGGUAGGGGAAGGUCCUGCCCUCCUUUGCCUCUGAUUGGCUGGAAGUGCUGGGCUCCAAAUGGUUAUUCCUUAUGGCUGUGAAACGUCAGCGUCUGUUGGGUUAGGAUUAGGAUAAAUGUAAGGGUUAGGGUUAGGAGACUCAAAAGUGUGAUAAUGUUCUGUAAUGUUCUGUUCGAUGUACAGAGGUGACAGCCCGUGUUUGGCUUGAGCGUGUGAUGACAUUUCCAGCUUUUCUAGCCAAUCAGAGGCGAAAGAGGUGGGACUUUCCCCUACCAUCCUACAAAAAAAAAAUAUCACCGUUUAUACGCAUGCUCUGUACUCUUCUUCUGUCUUUUGUGCAUUUUUUCGACAGUGUUAUAGCACCAUUUACUGACUUGGCAUAUUUAUUACAUCGUUUUCAGGGGUUUUGUUUUGAGAGAUGAUAGAAAAACUUGUUAUAAAAAUAAAGUUCGGUGAAGUUGUCACAGAAUAAAAUCUAAAUCGAAAAUCAAGUUUUAUUUUGUUUUUGGCCAGCAUGUUUGUAGAGAGCAAAAACAACCUGAGUUUUAAUCCUAUGCACAUUUAAAUGCAGUAAAUAACAUUCAGAUUAGAACCUGUGUCAACACAAGGAUGAUGACCUGGCUUUUUUGAAAACACGGUAAUAUACAGCGCAGGGCGGGUGCAUGUUCAACAGUAAACCUUAGUGACAGGCUGUCAAAGGGAAUCACCUCUGUGCUCUUUAUUUAUGGAUGAACAUAUUCCACAUACUCUUUAUGAACCUUUAACACACAGCUGUGUGUUUCUCAUGUAGAAGGCCUGCAACAUGAGAGCCUGCUGAUAAACAGAAGUCGAUGCGGGGCGGCCUCGGGUGAAGUUUCACUUUUAGCUAAUUAACGCAGGAACUUCUGUUUUGAGGAUGAUAAAGAAGCAUUUGGUGCAUUUUUUCAGACACUUUCAAGCUUGUUUUUUUUUUGGUCAGAUCGGUUUAGUUUUGCAUCACAGCCAACACUGUGUUGGUAUCUCUGUUUAUCUUAGAUCAAAUGUACCAAUUAAGAAAAAUUGAAUUCUCGCUUGCCAAGAUAAUGGUUAACAAUACUUCAAAAAAUCCUUGCAUUUACACUUCUCUCAAGGGUUGGAUGUUGACACAACAAAGAAACAAACAACAUGCGAUGCUUUAGUACAAAGAUUUAUGACAUUUUGUGGAUCUCGGAUGUUCGAAGAUUUAUAGGAUACUUGUUAACCUGCCCCCCUUGUUCAUUUAAACUGAUUUAUUUCAAGCGAUUUGCUUCCAGGGAUAAUAUUUCAAGACACACUCUGCUCACAUACAGUCAGCGACACACACAUAAAGAUGCAAACAAAAUUUCUCUUGUUUCUGUGCUUUCUCUCUGCAGCUGGGUCCAGUCCCCUCAGGCUUUUGAGAUACGACACUAUCACCAUUUAUUACAAUCUUCCCCUUCUCUCUCUCCAAUUUCUGCCUCGCUCUCCCAAAAUUAUUGCGUGGCUUCCCUCUCCUUCCAUUGUAACUCUUUUCGCUGUUUCUCUUCAUUUGUUCUCCUCUGUCUUAAAUCCCACUGACGUACAAAGAAGAAAUUUGCUUUGUGUUUCUGUCCUGUGUUACAGGAGGAUGAGCUCACACAAUAAUGAUUCUUUUUUAUCAUGAAAAAAAAAACAAGACAUAUGAGAUUUGGCAAAAAGACGGUAAAAAGGACAGCUAACUCAUGCCUAUUCUUAGUCUGACUGUCUGAAAUUAAAUGGUAUCUCUUGAUUUGGGCAUAAGACAAUUCAGCUACACAUUGAAAGCAAACAGUUUCUCAAGAAUUUAAACACAAUACUCGAUGUCUAUCCCAUAUCAUAGAGGAGUAUAUAAUGUCAAACAUCAAACAUAUCUAGGAGUGCAGGUGAAGCUCACAGUCUGUGCACUUACUAUUCACUCUGUACAGGGGUUUAAAAAUAGGAACAACUUUCUAUUUCAAAUACAUCAAUUUUGGUUUGGACUUAGGCUGCGCUCCAGUUUCCUCGGAAGUUGGAUGUCGGAGCUGGGAAUGACAUCACACCCAAGUUGAUGGUGUUCCAGUAUACAAGUCAGAAAACCAAGCCAUUGUUAGCUGUUGUUAACAAUUGUUAGGUGUCGUAAGCUGCUGUCAGCUGUUGUUAGCUGUUCCAGUUGUCAACAACUGGCAUAGUACAGUAUUUUACUCGUGUUCGUUAUGCAGUACAAUAUAUACCACUUAUUUUAUUUCACAAAAACAAAACAGAAGUACUGAUAAAUAAUACAUUACUACAGCUUCCACUGUUACUAUUUACUGAUGAUGCACUGCGCUGCCAUCUUGGAUUAUGACGUUGUCGUCAAGUCAGGGUUGGUGAGGAUCGUCCGACUUUCCGAGUUGGAAAUCCGAUUUCAGGGGGGCGUUGCAGAUGAAUUUCUGACUCAGAGUUUGGAAAACCCGACUUACUAGUACAACUGGAACGUAGCAUUAAAUGGUAAAGAAUUAGGUUUGAUCACAGACAAAAAAAGUUGAUGUUGUUCUCAAUAAAUUAUUUUUAAUCUAAGUAGCCCAUAUCGUGAUAUCUCAAGACGUUUACAUACAAAGAAGGUCAAGACCAUACUCUUGUUUUAUAUAAUUUGUAUUACUGACAUAAAGAUAAUUUUCCAACCCUCCUGUAACCCUGUAUGAGCAGAGAACUUUGCAGCAUUUAGCAAGUUUCACAGGCAGACAUCUCGAGCAGAACUAGACUUACAUUGACCUUCUCAAGCUGACAAGCUGACAGACAUGUUGCCCAGCAAAUUUAAAAGCCCGCAAUUAAAGGUGCUCAUCUUUGCAGUAUAAAUAUCACUGCAUCACUGUGACUGACAGAGAUUGCGGAAAAUAAACUACAUUGGUUAAAGGUUGUAGUUUGAACAAUUAUAUUAUAUUUAUUAUAUAUAUUAAACACAUGAACAUGAAGGCUGUUAGGAAGGAAAUCAAAGUGGCAGACAUGGUUUGGUCUAUGAAAAAUUCAGUAUGAAUGACAACCAAAAUCAUUCAAUGAUUCAAUGAAAUCAAUUUGAUCAAUCAUUUAGUGACCAUCACUGACUGCAUAAAGUUUCAUUGUGAACCAUAUCAAAACUGUGCAGAUGGUUUAGUUGGGGCCUAAGAAGUGAGCCAGGACAAUGACGCCUUCCUAGAAGCUGUUUAUGGUUAAGAAACAAACUAGAUUAUGAGAGUAAUCCAUGAAUAUUAUGAGUUUUUUCUGCUGCAAGUGUGUGUGUGUGUGUGUGUGUGUGUGUGUGUGUGUGUGUGUGUGUGUGUGUGGGUGUGGGUGAGUGGAACGGUGGGUGAGUGAAUGGGUGGGUGGGUGGGUGUGGGUGUGUGAUGAAGUGUUAAACUGGAGUCAAGUUCAUAUGAAUUAAAAUCUAUAUAAUUAUAGAUUUUUUUUCAUGUGUGCUUUCCUUGGGGAGAACAAGAGAAAAUUGAGUUUAUGAGGAAGAGAUCCGAAGCGAAAUGAAGAGAAAAUCAUGUUAGGAGAGGGAGACAGAGGAAAUAGAGGAGUGUGUGAGGGAGGAGAUGUUGCUGAGAGAGGAGAGAGCUCUGUUGGGAAUCGUCUGCAGCGAGAGAACAUUUUCCUCUUCUCAAGAAUCUGUGUGAAACCAAAUUACUGUAGACACCAGAAUCAUAGACGCAGACAUUCAAGAGGAGGAGGAAGAGACCAGAAAUGAGCAAAAGAGAAGCACUGUGAGUGAGAGGAUUGUGAGUGUAAAACCAUUUAGUGGUUUUGACAAUUACUUCUAUGUAUUUGGAGUGGUGAUAAUCAGAGAGAAACAAAACUAAAGAUAGAACAUACCCUCAGCCCUGAGCAUGUAUUCAGUAUGAAAAUGAAUCCAUUUUAGAGUUAUGGUGAAAAACAAAAUUCAGAUAUCAUCCACACUGUUCCUCAUAUAUUUGUACAUUCAGUAAUGCAACACCAAGAGCCCAAUACAAACGCUUGUCAUAGUGCAAAAUACUGAAGAUCAGGUUAUUCAUUUGUUCUAAAAUAAUGUACAUUCAGAUUAAAGAGGAACAGUUGGGCACCUCUCUGCUUUGAGGAUUUUAUUUUUUUUUUAACAUUUUUUAACAUAUAUAUAUAUAUAUAUAUAUAUUUUUUUUUUUUUAAUUAGCAGGCAAAGUCUGUCCCCAUUUGAUGGACUGGGUUGCUACUUAAACCCCUUAAAUAAAUUUAACUCUUUUUAAAGCAUUGAUAAACUCCUACUUUGAAUACCAAGAAGACUCAUCUCAUUGGCUGCCACUGUUGUUACAUUCAGAUGGGGCGUAUAGUGCCAAUAAGCCAGUACCUGCAUGACCUUUGGGUAAAUAUUACUAGAAAGUUCUCAGAUACAAUAAACUUUAGGUUAUUGCUGUAAAACCCCCACUGGUUGAGUUGACUCUGGCACUAAGACUAAUUAUCAAUAAAUAUCUACUUCUUGGAGUGAAACUACAUCUUCAGAGACCAAUAGACAGUUUUUAUAGCUUUGUGCUUUUUGGGUUUCUCAGAGAUUUGUGACCUCACACAAUAAAGAGGGACAGAGAGAAGCAUAAGUGCGACGUAUUUACACCAAAAAAGAAAAAAAGUACUCUAAACUUUUUGUCAUAUCUUUGCUGUUAACAGACAAACAGAAGCAGACAGACACACUUGAAAAGGCUGAGCAAACAGACUGAUGAGACAUUAAACAGAAACAAAGAGGAAGGGGAUUGUCCUGUAAUCUAAUGAUGAUAACUAACAGAGAGAGAGAGAGAGAGUGUGUGUGUGGAAAAAGUCCUAAAUGACACAGUAUACUGUAUGUGUAGGGCAAGAUAGUUGUUAUGUAAUUCAUCUCCCUGGUGUACUACUUACACUGAACAAAAAUAUAAACACAACACUUUUGUUUUUGCUCUCAUUUUUCAUGAGUUCCACUCUACAGGCCACCAUCAACAACCUGAUCAACUCUAUGCCAAGGAGAUGUGUUACACAGUGUGAAGCAAAUGAUGGUCACACCAGACACUGACUGGUUUUCCAAUGCCCCCGGAUGCCCCCAAUACAGUAAAACUGCACCUUUGAGAGUGGCCUUUUAUUAUGGCCAGUCAAAGGCACACCUGUGCAAUAAUCAUGACGUCUAAUUAACAUCUUGAUAUGCCACACCUGUGCAAUAAUCAUGACGUCUAAUCAGCAUCUUGAUUUGCCACACCUGUGAGGCGAAAGGAUCAGUGUUCCUUAACAGGGAUUUAGACAAAUUUGUCAAUAAUAUUUGAGAGAAAUAAGUCUUUAGUGUACAUAGAAAAGUCUUACAUCUUUGAGUUUAGCUCAUGAAAAAUGGGAGCAAAAACAAAAGUGUUGCAUUUAUAUUUUUGUUCAGUGUACUUACUUUACUGUCAUGAGACCUGGCAAAGAGAAAGACACAGACAGACAGAUUGAUGGACAAGCUUUUUCAUAAAUGUUGGCUUCAUUUCAGGAUCCGUUACUGACUGAUACUCGUAAAUAGUCGCAGUGAUGCAUCAGUUUGUUGGUUUACAAUUUGUGCUCCAUUGAUGAUCACCAAAAAGAAAAUACUAACAUGGCAGUGUUAAUUUUAGUAGAAAUGAAAUGAGAAUUUUCUUUAAGUCUUAGUCAUUGUCAGAAAAUUGAGGUAGAUUUUAGUCCUAUUUCAGUUUUUACACCUUUUGUCAUGAAGAUUUACACGAGACAGAGUUUUUGUUCUACUCCAUUUUUGGCGAUAUUUCAGCCAAACCCUCAGACAGUUUAACAGUUGUUUUUAAAGACAGGAGGAGGAAGAGGAGGAGGCAAGAAAAGCUUAAGUCAUGUUGGUUGAAAAUUGUUUCUAGUCAAAACAUCCUCCUGUUCAAAUAAGACAAUAACUACGUAGAAAAUGUCAUGAAAAGUGUCAUGCUUUAAAACAGCUGAAGAUGGAGAUCAUCCCAUCAGGAUGUGGGGAUGACUAUAACAGUACAAUAAAUUUACAGUCACUGUUCUCUCUAACUGCUGCCCUCAAUUGGCCUAAAAUCAAUUUGUGUGGUUGACUGACUGAUUGACUCAGUGAUGGGUCAAAGGCAAUAUCACAUUUUGUAUGCUGUUUGCAGUUACUUAUCGCCAUCCUUCUUUUCAGUCAUUUACAAAAAAAAAAAUCUGACCCAGAAUUAUUUGAUAUAAACAUACAAGUUCACAGGCACUGAAACACAAAUGCUCACUCAGGCCUGACCUCCAUCUGUCUCCAAUUUCCCUGCAGUGAGCUCCAACCAGAGCCAUGGGGAGUACCCAGACUGCCGGAGUGAGAGGGAGUCAGGAGGGGAGGCGUCCCUCCUGGUGUCUCCAUUGGUGGUGGCGGGGAUCGUUAUAGGUUUGGUCCUCUUUCUCUCCUGUAUUACCAUCAUUGUCGGCAGCCUGCGCAAGGACAGUCGACUCCGUAACCCACACCUCAGAGCGAGCUAUGGUAAGUCUGCGGCCAAACUUGAAACAUCACUGCAGGAUCUGUCUUUCAAAAAAAAAGCCUGAAUUAUUGCAAUUUCACCAAAUGAUAAAAGUCCCAUUCAAUUGUUGUCUUCACCUGCAGGUCUGGACGGUUUUUCAUAUGGAGGUUCAGUAGGGGAACUAAGAUCUACCUGCUUAGAAGACUUUCCUCCUGGUUUGGACUUUGAUUCAUUCAGAGAGUCUCUGUCACAAGUCAACAACUUAUACCCUGACUCACCGCCACGGUAAGUGCUUGUGUGAAUCAGAGGUUACUGUGUCUCCACUAUGAAGUCAGGCGACUUAGAGGAAAGUUUUGGCAUGUAUUUACUUCCUUGAUGUGACUUUGGCUUUGUUCCAACUGCAGGAAAAUAAGGCUUUAAAUCAGGAAGGAUAAAUGCACUGUCAUUAGCAUUAGCAUUAGUUCAGAUGAGGUUAGUCUGUCCGGACAUCACUCAUGGGCAGCUGGAAUCAAGAAAUACACUUUAUGAUGUACCUGUGUAUGAGAAAAACACAUCUAUUUCUCUCUUGGACCAUGUUGUCCAUGAUGUGCUUCGCUGGAAGUGGCAUAGGAUUCUUCUGCUCAGCCACACUACUGCAUCUCAGUCAAUCUGGAAUUGACUUCAUUGCUGCGAGCAGUGUAAUGAGUAACCACAGACUGUAUAUAGAAUGGACAGUGUCUGCCUCCUUGCUGGGUGAAGCCACUGCGAGAACAGCACCCUCUGGUGAUGGGCUGCAGUAUAGGUAAAAAAUCCCGCCUCUUCCAGCAAUCCCUAUGGAGUUGUGGAAUAUAUGUUGUUGACGAUGUUGAUAUGUAGUUACUGGAAGACUGGUUUGUGCACAAGUCCUCUUUUUUUCUGUACAGCUCCAUUUUUAAAAGUUAUUAGGGGGUUCAUGUUUUCUAUGAUUGACACUUGAUACAGCCUAUAGGCAUACGAAGAUUGUGUAGCUCACCUGGGGGAUACGCUGUUCGAGCCGAGCGUCAUCACAGUGACUCUCUGCGACUCUCCCGCCGAAUGCGUGCAACGCUACUGCGCAAGUGUUGGUUCCAGGAAGUGGUGAAAAUCCCAGAAAUACCGAGCAAUUCAGCUUUAAAUUUGUAUAAUGAUGGAAGGCAGGGCCAAGUUGUCCAUAGUAUAUACAGAGUCUAUGUGAGUGACGCUUAACACACUUUCAAAUUCAGUCUGAGGAUAGCUUCUGAACUAAGAGAACUAACACAUCUGUAGAUACACAAGUGGAAUCAGGUUUGAAUCAAGCUAUUAAUGGAUAUUGGAAAAUAUCCAUUAAUUUAAGUUGGCAGUCUUAAUGUUAAGCAGAGUUAGCUGGCAUGUGCAGUAGCUUUUGAAUAAUAAAAUGAUUAAAAUAGAUCUCAUUAUCGAACCUCUGAGAGAUUAAAAUCAGAAGCAUGUAUCCAGGAACAUCCAUCAAUAAAACAUUUUUUUUUUGGCCAUCAUGCCAAGUAAACAGAAAACUUGUUUGUUUACAUUUUCAUGCUGGUAUAUUUUCUACAAAGGUCUUCAGGCAUGAGCUGCACAAUGUCUUACAUUCUGGUGAUGUUGAACAAAGAUAUUCAGAAACCUUCUGCUUUUAUUAUCCUCCAUUUACUGCUUAAAAAAGCAAGAAAAAUGUCUUUUUUAACCAAUUAUAUCAAAUGUCAAUAAAAAAAGUAUCAGACUGUUCAGCCUUCAUCUCCCAUUACUCUCAGUCCACAGGGUUUGACCCUUCCCCAGUGGUCAUUUAUUUAUUAAGGAGUACUGCUAGCCUUGGUGCCCUUUUUAACAGUGCAAGAAUGAGUGUUGGUGCACCUUGUGCUACGUGUGUGUCUGUGUGUGUGUCGAAGGAAGAAGGAGUGUGCGUGUGUAAUUGUGUGUGAGAGAGAGCGGGAGAAAGAAAGAGCUUUCUAAAGGCCAAUGUCAUGGUGUUUUUGAUCUAAAUGUCAGCUGGUCUAAUUGGCAACUUUAAUAAUUCACAUACAUCUCUCCCCUGCUGUUGUGUGUGUGUGUGUGUGUGUGUGUGUGUGUGUGUGUGUGUGUGUGUGUGUGUGUGUGUGUCUCCAUCUCUUAUCAGGCUGAGAAACACUCACAGACUUCCAUCUUAUACAGGAUAGUAUACUUUCCUUUCUUUCGUUCUCUAAACAAGAGGUCUUUACAGACUCGUUCAACUGUAUCUGACUUCCUGGUGUGUCUUUCAUGGCUUUUGGCAUCAGUACCGUACUUUUUUUUCCUAUAGUCCAUUUCUAUUGAUCAAUACUUUUAUCCUUUAUAUUCCUAACCAUUGAAAACAGGGUUAAUUCACAGUAUGAAUUGACCAUUUUCAACUACUUUUUCAUGGUUUCAACCUUGUUAUAUGUUUACCCAUCUUCUGGCAUUUUUCACUGCUCUUCCACUACGUGCAUUAUACAAAAGGCUACAGAUCCAAUGUAUCACUUGGUCUUCUCAAGAUAAUAUCAUAGAUUAGGAUUAUGUUUGAUGAUGUUCCUGUUUAUCCUGGAAAAUCUUAGCUAAUUAAUGCUUGUUCACACUGUGAUCGUUGCAGCCAUAGACAUAAAAUACUAUGACGCUCAAUGACUGACUCUUCCUUUUGGAGCGGAUGCCAUCUUGGAUGGUUCCCCCAUGUGCCCCCAGUGCAUUUUUUCCUACUGAGGAGGGUAGGUAUGCCCAACAAAAUUGAUCAUAACUCCCUGAAUUUUUGCCCAAUUUUCACACGGUUUGGUAUGUUACAAACGGCAGAAAUGCAUGAUUGGUGUUUUGUUAUUCAUGAAUGUUCUGCUGAGUAAACGACGUGAAUGGAAUCACUCCAAGACCUGAUUCGUUCCUUUCUUAGUUCAGUUGAGCUCAGCUCGAGCAUGGCGUGCAAGUCGAGAGUGGAACUGCUGCCUUUGACUCUUUGGCGAACGACACACAGCCAGCCAGCCAGCGGCCGGGCAGAGUCUCGUGAUUUGCUCACAGCGAAUGAAUGACAUAUAUCAGUCAGACUGUGAACAUGUAUCAGUGAGACUGUGAACGACAUACAGUCAGACUGUGAACGAAAGGAACAACUUCCAAACGACUUGAGGCAGGCAGAGGAGGGAGGGACGUAGCAUCAUUCACAAACUGCCGAGCACCGGUUCGUUCACUGUGAGGAUGAAUGUAGGCUAUGAUAAAAUAGUGCAUUAUAGUGCCUUUACAGUAACACACAUCUAUAAACUUUCCCGCAAAAAGGAUUUAAUUUCAGCCAAUUUAAAGCAAUACACCAUUUGAUAUCUUUAAAAGUAGCAGAAUCCCUGCUAAAGCUGCGAUGUUUAUUUAUUUUUAAUCUUUCCACUUUUCCACGAUAUAAAAGAAGGAUGACUUGCACUUGUUUGGCGGGCAUGCUACUUGCUGCUGUGUUGUUUCACCUCUCGUCAUGAUGUGAAUAUCAGCGGCACACAGAGGUGACUUUUUCAGGAGUGAUUCUUCCUUCAAGACUGGGUGAAUGAAUGACAUGUGUCACCCAGUGAACGGGAGGGGUUCGAUCAAUGAACAAACUCCCGUUCAACGACAUUGUGUCACUCACUCGUGACCUGCCCCCACCAGGACGGGGCUCCGAAGCACUGACUGAUUCUGUGUUCGAACCUUCUGAACAAAUCAUUUUAAUUACGAGAUUCUAAAGAUUCAGUUCAGUCAAAAGAACUGUUCUUAAAUAAAAUAAAAUAAAUAUUAUUGAAUUAUUUUUCAAUCUUAAUUGUGAAAUGUAAUCCUAUGUGGUCUGGUUUCAAUACUGCACCACUUUUUGUAACCGUAGGGUGCACAAAAUACAGGCAUAGUUGCUCAUUCUCUGUUGACAAUUAGGAAUAAAAAGAUGCUGCUUCUCCUUCACAAUUCCUGUGCCUUUACAAAAAGGCAGAGUUGGACAGUUAGUUUUCUAACUGAUCAUCCAUGCCCAGUUUCAUACCCAUCAUAGCUGCCAGACAAGGGCUCAAAAUGCCAGCCAUCCAACACUGUUUAUGCACAAACUGACUUUUAGAUCACAUUUUCACAGGCCUCAAUGGGUUUAGCCCAGUAUUGGAAACACCUGGAUCCAGAUUCAUGCUGACUCUUCACCAUUGCACACUCACAUCUAUCAUGUAGAACCUGAGGCGUCAAGGGGCGUGCUUGAAUUGUGAUCUGGGGACUAAAAUAAAGCGUCUGUCAUGUUCUUGGGCCCCAGAAAAUACAUCAUCAAAUGGUUAGCAGAAGGGUGGAGGUAUGCUAAAGCUUGGUGCUUCUGGCCAAGAAUACGUGCCGUUUCACCAGUAAAGCUCCCACCAGACCUUUGAUGAAUCUGUUCAUAAUGUUUGUCCUUAUUUGAACCGAAGCACAAAGAACAACAGGACAAGGAAAGAAAAAGGAAGAAAGAGGGGAGCCGGUCAGCUACGUCAGCGCUAUGGCAGGGAAGCGUUGUGUUCUGGACAGCCUGUGUGUGAACCGGACAGCAGCCAACACACAAACAAACACACACCCUCUGACAAACCCACAUACAGGUUUUUUCCCACAAACACCCAUACACACAGAAUUACUCAGAUUAAAAGUGCAUUUUGUUUACCAUGAUCUGGCAAGUCAUUGUUUUGUACGCUGUCAGCUAGGAGGUAGUUGCAGUCAUGUGAUGAUCCUGCAGUGUGUGUGUGUGUGUGUGUGAGAUUGUGUGGGCCACAGAUGGUCGAGGGAAACUCAGAGAACUCAGAUCAACAGCUCACCUACCGAGUCUGUGAAUGCUACACUUCCGACACAAACACACACACACACAUACGCUCUCCCUCUUCCAGAAAGGCUCACACACAUGGAUCAACAUUUCACCUGUGGAGACUGAAAGCCUCUGCUUCCUCUCAGAGAGAAGAAGCUAGGCAUGCUUUAGCACACACACUAAAACACACACAGCAACGCAAUAUGUGUUGCUGAGCCGAUAGAAACAAGAAACAAACUGUGAUCACAUAAGAUAAGACAGGAUAGGAAGAACUUAUUUAUCCUUGAGAGGAAAUCUGAUACAGAAUCAUAUCAGCAUUUACACUGAGUUUGUGAGCCCAGUCCAUCAUCCUACCCUAUAAUAGGGCUGCUCAAUUAUGGCAAAAAUCAUAACCCCAAUUAUUAUGAAUAAAAUUGAUAUCAUUGUUAUCACACGCAUUAAAAAAAACUUGUAAACCUCUUUAGAGAGUUAAUUUAAAAAAAUAAAAAUAAAAAAAAACACAAGUGAAAACUGUUUUACCUUUCUGUCCGUCUAACUGCACUGAAAGAGACCAUGCAUCAGUUCUUUACUUUGACAACUGUUACUUAAUACAUACAUACUGUUCUUAAAAAUUGAAGGAAUUCUAGCUCUUUCAUUACUUAUAUUUUAUCACAGGCUCUCAGUCCAACAAACAGUUCAGUUCUUUCAUGUAAUGUCCUUCGUAAUGUCAAGACUUGGGUUUGUAUUUUAUAAUGAUUUAGCCCUGCAAAUAUUUGCUCAUUCACACUUGGGAUCAGUGCAGCCUCUUUUUUGUCAUGCUCGUUCUGCCCCUUGCCUUAUCAGACACACAAACUUCCUCUGUCCAUGAGCCAUGAAUGCAGUUUGAGCCAAUAAAACUCUUAAAACCUUCAUAUUAAAUAACUUUUAAAUAAAUCCUUUUUAGUGAUGAAAAAAACCUCAAUUACAAAAAAUGAUUGAGGAAUUUUUGAGUGCUUGAAAUUCAAAGCUCAAAUUGUCAUUGUUUUGCACAGAUCAUUUUUGUGACACAACGCACUCACGUCACCACGGUAGAAGGGGGAGUGAGCGCAGUUUUGGUUUUGAGGAGCGGAAAAAAUGAAUGAUGAGUGGGUCUUUUCUUCUGCAGCGCUUCAGAAGCUCAUUAGCACUUUGCCUCUGAGUCAUGGGCGGAGACAGUGCUGCUCUGCAAACUCCUCUUUCUGCUAGCUUGCAGCCUAACAUUGCCGGUGGAGUAGAAGAAGCAGGUAACAUAGGAGGUCUCAGGGUCGGAUCGGGUGUUUCUUUACACACUUCUAACUCAGUAAGUCCACACAACACAAACUCAAAACUUCCAUCCAAAACCUAGGACUUUUGAAGGAUUUUAUAAACUCCCCCUGACAAAGCCGGACAAGGACGGACAGCCCCCAAAAAGAGAACAUGCCCAUAUAAUGAGGAUGCAUGGUCACCCUAUGACAGCUAAUAUCAUAAUUAGCUUUCUGACGAGCAUUGCAAUCUGCUACUGUACACGCUUGUUCUGCAGUUGUUCUGCGAUAAUUGCACUUUAACUAAAAAAAAAGAUAAUUUUUUUCCAAUUACUCGAAUAAUCAAUGGAAUAUUCGGUGGAAUACAUGAUUACUAAAAUAUUCGAUAGCUGCAGCCCUACUUAAAAUACCGUUUAAAACCCAGAUAACAUGGUCUUGAUACAUAGGUUGGGGUUUUGUUCUGCAUAAGCUUCUGAUUACAUUUUUUAUACUUUGGUUUUCAGUAGGACACAGUGCACAAAAGGUUUAUUUCCUGAAUAUUUGCAAACAAUCUACCUGCUCAUAAAGGCUAUGGGCCAGAGGCCAGAAUUUCACUAUUUGGUACAUCUCAGGGUGGCAAAGGUUCAUCAUGAUUUUUGAAAAGACAGAUGUCUGUAGAUUAUAUUUUUGUAUGAUAACCUUUCCAGGUGCCCAGCUAAAUAUUGGUUUUCAGAUCAUGAAGUUAACCACCCCUUAAGAUAAAUUUGAUUUUUUUACACUGGUGUAUAUCUGGUUUAGUCUCACGGCAGGGACAUUUCUCAAAGGUUAACAAUACUGUGGCUUUCAUUUAAGCCUAUAUGUGUUCAUCUUAGACCAACAUGGGAGUCACUAGAGCUCUUUAAAUCACAAAAAAAUACACAUUUUCCUGCAAUUUUCGCCUACAUGAUAUAAUUUCUUUUGGCCAUAUGUCACCCAGGGACAUCAGGGAUACAAGAAUUACAAACUGCAAUACUCUUGGGACUCAUAAGAUUCAGAAAAUGUGUAACAUACCCAAACUAUCUCUUUGUGGGAGGUGACUGUGUGGAGUUUUGAGAAGUCAGAGGUUUAGGCAAGAAUCUUGGUUCUGCAGGGAAGGGUGGGGGGCAUCUCCUAUCGGGGAUAUUAGUCAAAACAGAAAAUUGAAAAAAACCCUUAGAAUGCAUUGAUUCUGUAGGAUUUUUUUGUGUUGAAUCCAUUUCUGCUGGUUGCCCAGGUGUAAAAGUUACAGUUUAGUCAUAAUUAUUGAUUAAUAAGCGUAAUUAUUAAUAUAUCCCCCAAUGCUAGAAAUGGCUAUCAAUUUCCUAUUUGUUAAGAAUUUACAUAUGAUUGUUUGGUAUCAUUGUAAAGGGGAUCUUGUUGUAAAGGUCGCGCAUGGUCGCCGAGGUCGCAGGACACCAAGUCGCGUCGCUCCCAAAGUUCAAAUAUUUGAACUUUGGGAGUGACUUGAUAUAAACACAUUCAUCAAAUAAAAAAAGUGUUACCUUACCAGAGUAGAGGGAUACCAACAAAGUAUUGAAAGCUGUCAGCAUGCGUGUUGGCCUCUUGUUUCCGCAGUAACUUUCAGUCAGGUUCCAGACUCACAGCAAUCCCCCAGAUUUUAAUAAUAUGGUGAUGUUAUACAUUUUCUGAAACUCCAUAGGCAAGUCAUUAUUGCAGUAUCUGUUGUUUGUGUCUCAGGUGUUCCUAGGUACCACAGAGUUAAACCAAAGAAAUUACCUUUGGCGGAAUUUGUGAAAAAACAAAAAAAUAUUGUUUGAGGUUUAAGGAGCUCUACUGACCUCCAUGUAUUUCAUAAAGGUUCAUAAUUGGAUUUGAAUGAAAGCUACAAAUGUUCCAUUUAAAAUGACACCAAACACAAUAUUAUUAAAUAUUGGGAGGUGCCCUAACUAUGAGUCUAAACAAGGAUAGGCAACAGCGUCUAAUGUCCAAUUUACCAUGGGGAGGGGGAUUAACUUGGAGGAGGAAAUAUAUAAAACCAGGGGUUUUAUUUGAAGGGCAACCGGUGGAUUCUUGUUUGGGACACCUUGAAGUUCCAAAAAAUGCUGGUUGCCCACUUUUCCUCAAAAAUAUCUACAGGGUCACAUGAGUCUAAAGUUACAGCCCAGUCUAAGAUGCCUGUGAGGAGCUAGUGACCCUUGGCUACACAACUGGAUGCAGGACAGCCUAACGCGGCUUUAAGCCAAACCCAUGCACUGUAAUGUAAUGCACUGAAGGGAAAAAAAUACGAUCACAAAAAACUGUAAUGCUUUUUUGAUUCCAUCAUUACUAUUCAUAUUUGUAAUUAGUUGCCAUGUUCAGUGAAUUUUACUGAUUGAUUAAGAGGAUGAAAACUGUCUACCUGGUCUUUGAUUAUUACUGAAUUAGAAUUAGUAAUAAUAUCAUUACCUCUAAACAAUUGGUGUGGUGAUUUUUUACGUAAUGCUGGUCCAAAGAAUGAACGGAGGUGGAUGGGCCUGAGCCGGUUACUGCUAUUUUAAGGCUCACAGUAACCUCUCACAAAGAAAUAGAACGGGUAUAUCAUGCAUUUCCUGAAUCCUCAAAGUCCAGUUGAUAUUGGGAUUGUUGGCUUUUGGGUCCUUGAUAUCCCUUGAUCCCAUAGGGAUAAAAAAAAAACUGUAUAGUUCAGGUGAACACUGUGGGAAAAUGUGUGUAAUCUAUGGUUUAAAGAGGUCAUGUGACCUGUGUUUUUCAGACAGAUACAAGUAUGGGCUUAAAUGAAAGGCUAGAAGGUCCCCUUUAUAAUGAUACCAAACAAUCAUAUGUAAAUUCUUAACAAAUAGGAAAUUGAUAGCCAUUUCUAGCAUUGGGCAAUAUAUUAAUAUUUACGCUUAUUAAUCAAUAAUUAUGACUAAACUGUAACUUUUACAGCUGAGCAACCAGCAGAAAUGGAUUCAACACAAAAAAAUCCUACAGAAUCAAUGCAUUCUAAGGUUUUUUUUUUUAAUUUUCUGUUCUGACUAAUAUCCCAGAUAGGAGAUGCCCCCCACCCUUCCCUGCAGAACCAAGAUUCUUGCCUAAAACUCCACACAGUCACCUCCCACAAAGAGAUAGUUGUAUUAUGUAGUUGUGUAAAUGUGUAUUUUUUGUGAUUUAAAGAGCUCUAGUGACUCCCAUGUUGGUCUAAGAUGAACACAUAUAGGCUUAAAUGAAAGCCAUAAGGGUCCCCUUUAAAAUGAUACCAAACAGUCUAUUGUUAACCUUUGAGAAAUGUCCCUGCCGUGAGACUAAACCAGAUAUACACCAGUGUAAAAAAAUCAAAUUUAUCUGGUUAACUUCACGAUCUGAAAACCAAUAUUUAGCAGGGCAGCUGGAAAGGCUAUCAUACAAAAAAUAAUCUACAGACAUAUGCCUUUUCAGAAAUCUUGAUGAACCUUUGCCACCCUGAGGUGUACCAAAUAUCUGUCGGGCCCAUGGACUAAUAUGCCUUUGACUGAUGGCAGCUAACAAGAUUUAGUUGUAUUCAAUGGUUCUGUGCCACACUGUAUGUCUCAAAUGGUCACUGAUGCUGACCAGUGCAGAAGAGGGCUCAGGGUGUCCUCUCACAUAUUUAGCACUGAGUCAGGAAACAGAGAAAUCUUUGGAAUAAAACUAGCACCAGACAUCAAGGACAAGGACUUUACAAGUACUACGAGUACAAGUGAAGGAGGAAGAGAGAGAGAGAGAGAGAGAGAGGGAACAGAUGAGGCUGGUGAUGGAGGCUCAGUUAUCAAAUUUCAGGAACAGCACUGUUCUGUUCUGUCCAAUUCAAAUGUGCCUGUAUGUACUCUGAACACAUGACCAACAAUACAAUGCCAUGCCAUGUAAAGUGGAUGUACUUUUCCAGUCCAGGAGUACAGUGAAAGGAGAAGCCAGGACAGCUUGUUUUUGUUACGUGUGAAAUUAAAUCUCACACUUUCCUUUGAAAGUUAGGCACACAAAUCAUACAAGCUUCAGCAUAUCCAACAUGAAACACAUACGCCUGUGAAUAUAAACUCCAAUCUCCACAGGCAAGUACCUCUCACAGUCAUGGAGGGGUAUACAAGCUUUGUACAUGCUCACACUCACACACAGAGACCAUAUGGUCCAUGCUGAAGCUACAGUUGUCUGGUGUCCAGCUCUGUAAGAGCUGUAGAGCGUCACAACCAGUUCAUGAACAAAUGCCAGAGGUCCUCCCUUUCUCCUGACCUGUAAGCAACAGACGUUGACUUUCACCAUCAAAUUAAAAAAAAAAAAAACAGUGGAGGUCACGCCACAAGAACUACUCUGUAUUUUUAGAGGGAAAUGCUGUUGUCUAAAAUAGGAUUUCAGCUGCUCAACAGCUCAGGGUCUCUUUUAUUGUGUGUUUCGUUUUAAUGGCAGCUCAAUUUGCAGCAGUCACUCACAAUGAUGGAGUGUUCAUUGACUCUUUUGUCAGGUUUGUUGCAUUUUACCUCUCCAGUCAUCCUCUACUCUGCUAGUUCUGUAAAGAUCACUGUAGAAAUGGCAAAUGGCAGAGAGAAUAUGUUUUCAUUUUGAAAAGGUAUCUCAUCCAUUGCUUUACAUAGAUUUUUACACUUUAUGUUAUCUAACCUCAGCAUUUUACCUAAUCAUAUUUACAAUGGGAACUAGAGGGCACUGCUUUACUAUGAACUUGAGUCAGUUUUUUAAUUAGCUUUACAGUAUGAAAACCAUAGUGAGUAGUUAACUAAGUAAAAACUAAAUCAAAUGAAACUCAUUUUAUUGUCAUGUUAGGGUAUCAGGGUUAAGACUGGUCUCUAAAAGUGAGUCUGUGAAAUGAUAAGCAAAUAAAAUUUGCUCCAUCUUGCAAGUUGCACUGUCAAUCCAACAAUUAUUAAAUCUGAAGAAAUGUGUUUACUCAUAUAUAGACCUGUGGGUGCACUUAAACAAGAAAUACCGACUUAACCUGCUCUCAAAUUGGAGUAAGAGAGGUAAGCGGUCUGCGACUAUAGGACCAGACUUUUUUGCAUCCAAGCAGGGAAAUUAUUGCAUUACUAGGUUACAAGAGCGAAAAGUACAGCAUUAAUGACAAAGAAAUCUUAAGAUUGUUGGGAAGAAAAGGACAAAUUGGCUGGAAACAGCCUGAUGUUCGUUUCCUGAACUGAAUAACUAAUUAACACAUUUUAUCAACACUGUGUUUUACAUGAUGCAGCUGGCCCUCUAACAGAAACAGACAGCUGACAAAAACACAGAGGGACGUAUAAACACAAGCAGUUGUGCAACUCCAAGCAUAAGUCCCAGAGGGCACAAAUUAUUUUCACUCAGGCACACCUUUGUAACACUGGGGAGCUUUAGCAGAGCACACGAGUGUUAAACAACACAUUCAUUAUCGAGGGUGAAUUUUCUUCCUUUUCAGGAACACGUAGAGCAGAAGGCCGCAGGGGAGCAGAGGAGCUUAAAACUCCUGAGAGACAGAGGACACAGGGACUUACAGAGUGUUACAACACUUCCAAAAAACACCCUCAAUCUGCCAGGCACACACUUACCCCAUGUCCAAUUUUCACCUCAACAUGUUGUAGCAUGAGGUCAGUUUUCUCAGAGCAAAAGAAAUCAGUUAGAAGAACAUUUCACUGACUCAUUGUGGUGCACAAGUGGAUUUUUACAAGAGUGUGAUCAGGGUUGUUUAACCAAAUAACCUUAAAGGGAUAUUCCCGUGUAAAAUUAAGUUAAGGUCAAGCACACCAUAACACCGAGUUAGACACCCCCUCCAGAGAUGAAUGUUGCCAACUGCUUGCUUCUUAGCUUUGCCUGGUUUCUUUACCAAAGAGACCAAACACAACUCACCUACUCUCCUCCAGCAGCCCCUUGUUUGUAGGGGAGCCCUGACGAGAUCACCAAGUGCAGCGGAGUUUUGCAGCUCAAGGAAGAACAUUCAUGAUAAUUUCUUCAUGGAAAUGCAAUCAGAUAGAGAUGCUAAAGCAGAAGAACUAAGGCAUCUGCAGUGCAAAAUGAUUAUUAUAAUGAUUACUACUUCAUGUAAAUGAUUUGCCGCACUCUGUGAGAUGUAGACCACUGUGUAUUGCUAUUGUGCAGUCGUUGCUUAAGUUGGUAUAACUAGAGAAGCAAGCAGUUGGCAACAGGCUGUCUAACAUGGUGUUACAGUGUGUUUGACCACGACUUCAAUUUACGCUGGGAUAUUCCUUUAAUAUUUCAAUGAAAAACUUUUAUCGAUUCUUAUGAUAGAGACAGCAACUGAUAAUAGGCUCUUUUUGUUUUAUUUUCUCAAAGCUGGUUGUCACUUUUAAAGUUUGGCGCAACCAGCUUAAGCUCAGUGUGUGUCUACACAACUCCCUAUUUUUUCUUUUGAAUAACUGGAAAAUAAAAAUCUUUUGAAUAACUGGAAAAUAAAAGGCUCCAAGAUUUUCAAACUGGGUGCAGCGAUUUUAAUUCUACCAUGUUUGUUUCCUCCAGCAGGCUUUGUCAAACAGCCAACCAUGAACAUGCUAAAAAACAGACACAGCUUUAAAGUGAAAGUUUCAAGAAAUGUCUUUUGAUCGUGCAACAAACACAGUGAGGCCUCAUUUCAAGUACUAUUUCAGGCUCGACAAAAGACUGCCUGUGUGUGUGUGUGCAUGUGUGUGAUGCCAAGCAGUGGGUGCAGUGGACAUUAGGUCUUUCUGACUGAGCCUUGUAUUCACAUCAAGGCAAGAAUAGCUCUCCCUCUCUCACCAUAGACAGAAAAUUGUAGAUACACUCAAAAUCUCGAACACUGCUUUAAAAUAGCUGGCAAGUGGGCACACACACUCGCUGAGGGUACAGAAGAAGACAGGGUGAGAAUAGGAACAAAAAGAAAUGUAACAGAGAGAAAAGAAGAAGAGAAGGUAAAAGAGACAAUUGUGAGGCUGUGGUACCAGACUGCUGAAUUAUAUAACUGGGCUGAUGGAGUUACAUGGAUUUAAAGCUUCCUUUAUUCCCAAACCAGUACUAUCAAAGAUUUUUUAAUAAUGGUUAUUACUGAAUAGUCAUCGUUCAUUGUGAUUAAUCACAUUUUUAGUGUGUUAAUUUAAAGAGAUCCAUUCUGUUUUUAGAAACAUAUGAUUUUAAGGCACUGUGAGGAAUUUUUAACUGCUGAAAACCAGACUAAAACUGAUGAUGAAGUCUCUUUAUGACUGUCAAAAGCAAACAAGACCAUCAGCAAUGAGACAUAUAAUGUCACUGUCGUAACUCUGAAUGCUUUAGUGCAAUAAACAGUCAUUGACUGGUGUUUGAUAAUGUAUUAGGUAUUGUAAAUAUAGUAUGAACAACAAUAUCAGCCAUGUUCAUCACGCUAAGAUCAGAUGACUGAUAGUGAGCUGAGAAAACCAUUUUUGACUUUGUGUACAGCAAAUACUCAACAGGAGGAGGUACUCGCCUAAAUACACUACUUUCACAGGUGCAAGACAAAAGAAAAGACGUAUCACCUUGUCCACAGGGGGCACCAAUACCAGCACAAAACAAAGUUCCUCACAACAGCUUUAAACGUCCCCUUUUUUGUUUGGCUUGGUCGUAAAUGUGUGUAUAUAAGCUCUUGAACUGCAGGAGUUCAAGCUUUUGGGACUCUGCCAGAAUAGCAAGGAAAACAAUAACCAGAAACAGACUGCUGCGUUGAGUGUUACAGGAAGAGAUUAAAUGUUGAUGGUGAAUUAUGUUCAACUUAAAGCUCCUGUGAGGAGUUUUUUGAUAUUUUUGAAACAAACUGAAAUUUACAUUUAUGACUUUUAUGGUACCCAAAAGUAGAAAGGAUCAUCAGUGAUCAUCAUUAUUUAAAAACUUUUAAUCCAUGAAACCAGUGAAAUGGGGGUCGGUUACAGGUGCCUUUCUAUUACAAAUUCCAUAGUAAUAUUCAUAAAAAUAAAAGCCACUAAGAUGAGACUUUUGUCAGGAGACACAGUUCAAGCAAAAAGGAGACAAGAUAGACAAGGACUGCUUUGACCACAGGGGGGCACCAAAAUGGACACAAACCAAAAUUCCACCACAGGACCUUUAAUGCACAGUUUUUACAGCACAAAAACCUCAUGAACCUAAAGCCAACCUGUAAAAGGUCCGUAAGUUUUUUGUGUUUUGAGAAGUAUUAGCUAUAUUAAUAUUGGAAAGGUCAGACACAAGCAGGUAGUUAACUUUAAUGUUGUUAUUCUAUAGUAAGCCUGGUACCUGCCCUCUCUGUGUACUCUUUUUUUGUCUCAAUAAUCUACUUUACAUUGUCUGUGUUUUUCUUUUUUUUUUUUUUUUUUGUAAUUGUUACUGUAAAAUUGGCAGAUGCCUCACACAUUUUUUUUCUUCAAAAUUUUGCAGAAUUUCUUUCAGCACUGACAUUAGAAAACUUAACAUAAAACACUGAAGUGAAAUCACUGCCUGACUUAAGAAAAACCUUUUUUUCUUUUCUUUUUAGUUUGACAUGGAGUUGGACCCAAUUGGUCAAACUCAGACCGCUUUGCUUUCCGUCAUUAUACAAAUUUGAGCUGAAUCACUCUCGGUGUUUACGGGAUUUUCGCCACUUCCUGGAACCACCACUUGCGCAGUAGCGUUGUACACAUUCGGCAGGAGAGUCGUUGUGAUGACGCUCAGCUCAAACAGCGUAUCCCCUGGUUGAGCUACGCAAUCUUCGUACACCCCAUAGGCUGUAUCAAGUGUCAAUCAUAGAAAACAUGAACCCUCUAAUAACUUUAAAAAAUGGAGGAAAAAAGAGGACUUGAGCACAAACCAGACUUACAGUGACUACAUGUCAACAUCGCAACCAAGGGGGAGAAAAAUGUAUAUUUUGUGUAAUUAAUUUCUAAAGUUUGUCCACAGCUCCAUCGGGAUUGCUAGAGGAGGCAGGAUUGAUGACCUAUACUGCAGCCCGUCACCAGAGGGUGCUGAUCCUGCGGUGGUUUUACCAAGCGAGGAGGCAGACGGCAUCCAUUCUAUAUACAGUCUAUAGUCAAAUUCAGUCAUCUCAAAAACUUAUUCAGCUGACUUUGACAAAGUAGAUGACUGAAUAAUUGACCAUUGUUUUUGAGCUGCAGAUUGCAGUGCAGUGUGUGCAGCACUGCAUUUGUUUGGCCUACAUACACUUGAGUUUAUUUCUGCUGUGUGUGCUGGUGGCGUCUUACAAAUAUCAAAAACACAGAUUUCUGCAAAUGUUAUGAUAGAUUUGAGCUGUUGUUUUCCCCCGUGGAGUUACAUAAGAGAAUAUUCAAAGUACGCUUUCUCUUCCUUUUACUUUCUUUUCCAAGGUUGAGGGAAUGAUAAAACUGGACAGCUGUCAGCGAACAAUGUGUCACAGAGUUUGUUCUGACAUAGCUCACAACUACAGACAGUCUGGGCCAUGUACAGUGGGAUUAUACUCUGAGAGCUGCAAAGUAGAGGACAUAUAAAUGGGAUGAGCUGUUGUUUUUAUUUAAAGGUUUCUUUCAUUCCAAGAUAAGUAUUACUUAAAAUAGAAACACAAGGGUCUCCCGAACUGUCUUAAAAUACUAAAAAUGUCAGCUAAAAAAAAUGCAUUUUGGAGCUUUGGGGACAUAGUCUCAGUCACUGACGGUAUGCAGACAAUACAGUAUAUUUUGAACAGACUCCUGUGUUGCAGGUGGAAAAUAAAACUCUGCCUCAAAGUUGCCAAAUCAAGUAAUUGACCCAAAUCCAAAAGUGACCCAGUUUAAAGUGCUGACUCUGUGUCACAUACCAGGAGAGAUGGUCUACCCCUAUGGAGAGUAAGACACUAGAGACAAAAUACAGCAGCUGCUGGGAAAAAAAAAAAAAAAAGAAAACUUGCUCAACCUGUGCAGAACAUGAACAAAAUGUUCAGGUGUACAAAACCAGUUAUACAACAUGAUACUUAAAAGAUUUACAGUAUAUCUUCACUCCCUUCUAAUUUAAAUGUAAAAAUAAGGAUGUGAAAAAAGAGUCAUUAAUCUGAGAAGGAUUGAUCUUCUCUGGACUGGGUGAUUUUUUUAUUGCAGUGGUUAAUUUAGAAUUUAUAAUCUCUAAAAACUCACCUGAAUCAUUUUAAUUAACUUUUGGGUUCAUGACCUAAGAUUUGCAGCUCUGGGUGUGUUUCUUGUUAUUCUGUUGGAAAAAUAUGACUCCACAAACCAAACCUAUAAAGCACCAUAACUUUGAGUCGAUAUGGAGUGAUGUAAACAUGUCACUUGAUAGACAGUACAGACUCUUGAAGCCAUAAGAUGUCCCUUGUUUUAGGCUUUUUUUUUAUAAAUUCAUGCAGCUAAAAUGAAGCAAAAUACUUUAUCUUAUGUCAGUCUGGUAAAGAAAACCUCCGUCUUUAACAUGGUAUAACGGUAAAAACGACUAAAGAGAUGAGACAACACACAUGAAAUUGAUCAAAUUUGUUGUCUGGAAGAGGAGUAGUUAAAGUGGGAGAGAGAGAUGGCUUCAUGUUCCUAUUUAUGAUUAAUGUUAGAUUAAUUUUUUAGCCUUUAAUUUCACCUUAAAAGUGUAACAAGUUUUAAAAGGAUUUAAAAAAGGCCACAUCUCAAAAAAUGUUUAGGAUCAAACCAUUUUCCUCGUAUGCAGAGAAUGUAUCUUUGCUGUGAUAAUUGCUCAGACUGGUUUAAGUACAUGUGACUCCCCUAAGGAGACGAAGACGAAUGGACCAUAACAGACUGUCAUUAUGACUGGUAUCUAAAACCAGAGAUGAACAUGUGAACUUCAAAAAUGUAUUAAGGCUGACAUGUAGACAGAGGAAAAGAUGCAGAGGAACCUGCUUAAAGGUGAUUUUCUUACACUGCAUUGAGAUGGAGGCAUACACUAUAAUUUCUACAAUUAUUGUGAGUGUGAACUUCAGCUUUGCAUUUAGACUCCUUUGAAUGACACCUGCCAUUUUAGCAAAACUGGUUAUAACUGCUUUAAGUUCUCAUGUUCAAAAUGUCAUGAGAACAAAGUAAUUAGAACAAAUACCAGCAGACACCAGCUCCAAUAUGAAGACACGAAUAUUCAACUGCAAGGAAGAACAUUUAUGAUUAUUACUUCAUGGAAAUGCAACCAGAGUCCUUGUGUAACUUGUAUGUGCACUGCAGACAUGGAAGUUCUGCCUUAGCAUCUUGGUCUGAUUUCAUUUCCACAAAGUAAUAAUCAUAAAUUUUCCGCUGCACUCUGUGCAAGUUGUGUUUAGUCUCUUUGCUAAAGAAACCAGGAAAGCUAAAAAACAUGUUUAAUGGCUAGUACUAUGGCUGGGACCCUAUAUGUACUGUUGAUGAAGUUAGGUGCUGUUCUGGGCAUUAUUUGUGGCUAUAGAGUGGCUUUUUGGUUGAGGUUUGCGUGUGGAGACAUAGACUGCUGUGUAUUGCUAUCAUGCGGUCGUUACUAAAGUUGGAAUAACUAGAGAAGCAGGCAGUUGGCAACAUUCAUCUCUGGAGGGGGUGUCUGACUUGGUGUUAUGGUGGGUUUGACCAUAACUUAAAUUAAUGCCGGAAUAUACCUUUAAUACUGAAACCCCACAAUAAAUAAAAAUAAGUGGAAAUAACCACAAUAAAUAGAAAUAAAUAACCGCUAAAGGUGAUAGAAGUAUGCCCUUACAUUACCGAACUGUCUGGUAAAUCGUCAAUGGAAAUAUUAAAUUUUUACUCAGACUGUCAUGUGGCACUGAUUGCAAGAGUGAUCUGCAUCAUUUUACUGUACUGACAGCCCAGUUUUUCAUACAAUUAGCUAUGGCAGACUCAUGUGAACACCAUGAAAACUCCCUUAUGAGAGUUGCCCUAAAUUUGUGAUUAAAGUGUCAGACUAACAACUUUUUUUUUAUUAUUAUUCUUUAAUCUUUCACAUGAGAUGUAUUGAUUUUGGAGUGGUGACUUGCUGUCCUUAUGUUGAGUUAAUUAUUCGUAGAUGCAGGUCUACUAGUGUGAAAGUACAGUUUGGACAGAAGCAGAGCCUUUGAGCCUCAACUUCUGAGCUAUUGUUAUCCGGGCCAUCGAACAACAGAGUAUUCAGGCCACUUUCAUUACAAAGUUGCUGUGUUACGAUAACAAAUUGUAAGAAAAAAACUGUUAUUAAAGGAGAUUAAAGUCAUAUUGUUACUGGACAAAGUUGUGAUUGUUAAAUUCGUACAAAAUUGUAGUAAACUUAAUGACAAGAAUGAAAUCAUAAUAUCAUAUUACAAUAACCACAAGUCUCAACUUUAACACAAUAGUUUCAGAGUCAUUUAAACAAUGUGGUGCCAAUGUGUUUAUUUUGGGUGGGGAUUUUUGCCUUUUAUUGAUAGUACAGGGUGAAAUGUGGGGAGAUAGAGAGGGGGGAGGACAUGCAGCACAUGGUCGGGGCCGGACUCAAGCCUGCGACAGCGAGGACCGUGGUCCCCAUAUAUGGUGCACGUGAACCCAGUCGACAAUCUGCGCGCCCCCUACAACUUUAUUUUUGUUAAAAAAUGCCUCUAACCACAAUUUUAUUUACAUUAUGUAAUGACUUUGCUUAGGUUUUAUUUUGUUACAUAAUGACUUGAUGAUUUUAUCCUUGUUGCAUGACUUUACCAUGAUUUUAUUUGAUAAGAUUUUGACUUGAUCACUACUUAACAUGACUUAAGUCCUGUGACAUUAUGACCUGAUUUGUUUACAAAAGAAAAAAAACUCUUUCAUGUGACCUCCAUACUUACUUGAACUUUAGUGAACUGGUCUGAAACGCGGGGGCUGUGGAAAAAACAAAAAGCUUGUGUCAGGGAGGGAUAAAAUCUCAAUAUUCAAGUAUUAACUGUUGAAUCUUUGCUUUUAUCUCAAUAGUUAUGAUGAGUGCGUUGGCCCAGGUUCAACCCAGAUCUACAUACCUACAGAUGACCCGCCCCCUUACUCCCUAUUGGACCCCUGCCAGGGAGGACAAGAGCAGGAGGAUCAGCCUAACUACACCAGCCUGGACCGUUCUUCACCAUACUGUGGAGAGACCUCAGCCAGUGCCGCCUGGUUCUCCCCCUCCCAUUACCCACUGGGACUUCCUCAGCAGGAGCACCAACACAUCGCAUCUAUCUCCUUCCCACUGGAAGCAGCGCCGCCUUAUGAGUCAGUGUUGGCUGAGCAGGGACAGCCCCUCCCUCUCAUGCCAUGCGACCUUUAUAAACACCAAUCGGAGGGUGGGGAUGAGAGCAACUCCCGGCAACCGGGGACAAACCAGAUCUUGUAGGACAGUCCAUUUGUGUUGUUCAUCUGCCCUGUUGGUUGUCCCUAGUUGAAUUUUACAAACACUUGUUACGUUGGGCACAAAAUGGCUGUUUGGACCAGCUGUGACACCAAACAUUGGACACUUAAUGAGAUGUUCACAUCUUCCACACAAUUUCUAACAUCUCAGUGAACUGAGGAGCAGCCAGGACUCCAGUUUUCAACAAUUUACUCACAGCUUGUUCCUUAACAAAUAAUAAAAUAAAAUAAAAUAAAAAAAUAAAAAGAAGAAGAAAACACUCACUGAUUGUGUUGUAAUGUAAAUUUUCCAGAAUGACAUCUUUGCUUUUUGGUUGUUCUGAAAAGAAAAAACUUUUUUCAGUUCAGAAAGUUGAAUUUAAUAAGACGUUUCUUCAUUGUCCGCUUUAUGUUUCUGUAGUCUGACUGUUAAUCUCUCUUCCUUCGAUUCACGUGUCAUAUUUGGAGUUGAGGCUGAAUUACUGCAGUAAGAACUGACAACUGGUCAUCAUGUUAUCGACUGAAAACUUUGUCUGUAGGGAAGAAACUGAGUGUAAACAAUAUUAAUCUGAGAUAAAGUUGUGUAUGUAAGGGUAAACACAAGCACACAGAGUUAACUCCCACCUUUUCCAGCCUCUGGCGUGUGCUGUAGCUUAAGUGUGGUGGUUUCAUCCUCAUGGUUAGACUGAUGAAACCAAAAUGGAAACUGCAGGGAGGUGAGCAGUGAAACAUCAACACUCCAACCUUUUCAGUGAUGUGUGUCGUGCAUCUGUCAUCAAUAGUCAGAGAGGUGGUUUGAAAUCAUCUACCAUUGUAUAAACUGUCAUGAAUCUUUCUAUUAAGGGCUCUGGUUUUAAUAUCUAUUCUGUAACUGGACCCAAACAGCAAACUGUAGCUCCAAACCUGCUCCUGAUGAGGAGGUAGGAUGAUGCAACAGAAAAGUUACACAUUAAACUGUAGACCUAAAUGCGCUGUUUACUGAGGGAAUGGAUGUUCUUGCUCAUUUUUUUCUUUUAGAUCUCUGUUUCAAGUCUCAUCAAAUAUGUAACUUGGCUUAAGCCUUUGUAGAGGUUGUUCUGUAUUGCACUAUGACUAUAAACAGUUCCUCAGUUAACCUGCCUAACUGGACUGAGUUAACUAAAUUCAUAACUCAUCAGGACAGACAACAUGUUUCUUCCUUUAGCCUCCUCCUGGUUUAGUGUGUGAAUGUGCAAAGCAGAAAUGUUAACAUUUUUUAUUCAAAACUAUGGUUUAAAUACAAAGUUUCAAUAGCCAUUGAAGUGAAAGAGGAAAAGUGUUGCAGCUUAAACAGACCUGAUCAGUAAGGAUGGGCGAUAUAGGCUAAAAAAUUUCUUACGAUAAGAUUUGCCAUUCUGGCGAUAACAAUAUAAGUCCAAAUAAAAAAAUAUUAUAAUUCCAGUAUCUAUUUUUGAGUUGGAGUAGCCAAAUAAGAUACUUAACCACAAGUUUAAGUAGUAGGUUAUGGAGAAAACAAAUGACAUCAAACAAGUCUCAAUUGUGAAAACAUUUUCAACAUUUGUUGAAAACUCAGAUUGCACAGAGUGAACAGCAGCAGCAGCAGAUCCAUUGUCCGAUGUCAGGCAUAUCUGACUUCACUCAUCUAAACCCCAAUCUUGAAGGAAAUCCCUCAUGUGGAGCAUCGUUCAGUAACGAGCUGCUCAGAAACAUCUUCUUCGUUACCUUCAGCCAUGUUUGUUUGUAAUUCUGUCUGCCGCUUGCGCUUACAUCAUUAACUUUAGGGUGACCAUAUUCUGAAUCCACCAAAAGAGGACACAACUACACAGGGGCAGAGUUACUGAGUCGAGCAUAGUUAAUUUUGAGAGUUUUUCACGUCAGGUUGAGUGUUUUUUAUGCACUUCUAACUCAGUAAGUCCACGCAACACAAACUCAAAACCUCCAUACAAAACCCCGGACAUUUGAAGGAUUUUAUAAACUCCCAUAGACAAAGCCAGACAAAGCCGGGACAGCCCAAAAAGAGGACAUGUCCAGGUAAAAGAGGACGUAUGGUCACCCUAAUCAACUUGCAUUUAUCGUAUUUAUCAUGGGAUGGUGAACAUUUAUCACAGAAUAUUUUUCUGAACAAUAAUUUAUCGCCAAUGCCCACUGAUCAGACACCUUGACAGUGAGAACAGUCACCUGUAAUAAUAGGGUGGUCAUGCACUGGGUUUUAUGUCUCUAGCCUUCACAUGGUAAAUUACAGUCCUUUCUUUGUGAACGGAGCUCCUCCUGACUUUCGUCAGUUUCUGUCACCUGAUCUCAACUAAAGCUUUACUGUCCUUUAAUUUUAAAUUCGUGCAGAAAUGUGUGCCAUGAGAAAGAAAGCAAACAUAUUUUAGGAGGCAUUUAUGUGGCCACGAAAACAGAAACCGGCUUAUUUCUGCCUCGGUGCUCAGAAGCUGAAUAUAUCCACCAUCACCACCACAGAUCCCCUUACAUCAUCUCAAGCUCUGUGAUUUAAUUUACCUAAAUGUGAGGAACAAUGACAGAGGCAGAGGACGAGUGGUUACUGUUUGUGUGGAGGGUAACACCAUGUUAUUUGGAGGCCAGUAGAAAACACAUCACCAUUGACCACAAGUAAUUGAAGCCUUUGAGUCUGAGCUUUAAUAACCAUCCUAAUGAAAGUCAUGAAAAUGAAAUAGGUUUUUCAAGUUGUGUUUUUAGUAUUUUGUUCAUAAAUGCUCCUUAUGUGAUAUGUUUUGUGUCAAAUGAUGUGCCUAAUAGCCCUCAGACUGUUAGUUUGAACAUUGUAGCCAUAAUAUAAUAAUCUUGAUGCAACUAAUCCAGUGCUUUGCACUGUUACAUGUUUGGUUAUGUCCUCAAGUAAUGCUUUACUAAUGUGGUGUAUGGGUGAUCUUGACAACCCAGUUUGAUGACAUGUAAUACCAGAUUUCAUAAAGGUGGAAAUCAAAUUUGUGUUUUCUGCUUUAUUCACUUUCUUUGUUUGAUGCCGAAAAUUCUGAUUGUACACAAAUUCUCAUCUUUGUAUGUUCAAGCUCAUGAAAACCAUGAAAAACACUGGACUUCACACAAUGAGAACAUCAACCCACUCAGAAACAUCACUGAAUCUGUAAAUGUGGUCCUGAAAGCUGGAUGUUGAGAUCACCUUGGUCUAUAUUGCCAUUUUUGUGAAAAUUUAGGAGUAACUUAAGACUCUUUAGAUUAGAGGGGAAAAUAAGUCAAAUGUAAAGUUUUAUUAGGGCUUUUCACUACUCAAGUAUUGACACUGACCCAGAACUAGAAAUCUAUUAUCCAGAUUGCUCUAGUCCAGCACAUUAUCUAUAUUUUGACCUCUCUUUCUCUACGUUAGCACUGUUUUGUGGGUACAUUCCGUGUUAUUGAACAGUAUGUAAAUGUCUUACAUGUGUAUCAUUUCCCAUCAGACCCCUCUUUGUUUAUUAGUUGUCUGUUAAUACAACAGACUUUAUGUAUAUAUUAGGAACUGUGGUCAACUAUGUUUCUUUGUGUUUGGUUUUGUCAAAUACUUUCUUCUGUAGAGAAGAGUGAAUAAAUCUGACUCUUGUAUAAAUCUGA